AUGUCUUCUUCAAUGGGGCCCAGAGGCCCUCGACCACCCACAGUGCCUCCCCCAAUGCAAGAUCUCCCCGAUCUCAGCCAUCUGACAGAGGAAGAGAGGAACAUUAUCAUGGCAGUGAUGGACCGGCAGAAGGAGGAGGAGGAGAAGGAAGAGGCGAUGCUAAAGUAAGGGAUUCAUAAAACAGGCGAUGACAUUAAAUCAGUGUUAAAUUGGGAGCCCUUGUUUUCCAAGUGACAAGACGAUGAUUUACUGUAGGUGGGUUGCUUUAGAUUUGAUGCUAUGUUUCACAGUGAGCUUUAACAUCUUGGGUGCUGAAUGGAUGGGUGUAGCAUGCACCUUAAGGUAUUAUGUCUGUUCUGUGCUGAAAUGAUGUCAUUCCCUUUGGAUGGAGUGAAUCCUAUCUGAAACAGAUUUACUGUGUGGCUCCAACCUGCCACCCCUGCUCACUGACAUGUCCCUGCAUUGACAGGUAGCUGUGCUCUGAUUCACAGCAUUGCCCUUUUCAUCCUCUACAGACACUGGAUUGUGAGUGCUUUUCACUGUAAAGUAUCUAAUAAUAAUAAUAUGACCAAUAAUGACCAAUGAUGCCUGAUCCCUGCAGUAUGGCCUGCACAGGACUUGUCCUGCUUUCUGUCUGCAGCACAGGGACCUCCAGGCCUAUUACUUUCUGGCACCACUGACAAUAUGCAGACAUGCUGGGCAGUGGGCAUAGCCUUCCCCAGUAUGCUGUAUAAACCUUAGCAGUGAUACAGUGUAUCGUUUGGAUAGGCUUUAUGAGUGAUUUGUCUAUUUUUUUGUGUGUCUUUUUCCCCUUUAAGCUACUGGAUGCAUUUUUUAAUCAUAAAUAAUACAAAAAAGACACAUGAUUUAAAAACCAAUAGAAUGAGACUGUGAUGGGAUACAAAAUAACCACUUUCAACAGGCUUUGCUGUUUCCCAUUAUGCCCACCGUGUUUUUUUUUGUUUGUUUUUUAAAACUGUUUAUACUCAUGCUAAAUGUGGCCAUUGAAUGCCUGUAUAACCCCUGUCAUAGCAUGGAAGUGGAUAUCUCACCUCUUCCUGGGAGCAGUUGACUUGCUAGUCUUGAAAGCAUGGGGUGUGGUUGAAUUUUCUGAUGUGUAAAAUGUCGAAUAGUCCAGUUUCUGUAUUUUCAUCUUAUUGACAGGGAGAGCAGUCAGAGCUGUAGCCAUUUUAUUUACUCAUGUAUGCUUUUUAGGCUUUUGUCACAUAUAGUUUUUCGUUAAUAAAGAAAAAUGGUUUAUUGCUGUACUUGUUGGUUUUAAAGAUUAACCCACCUAUUUGAUGGACUUCAUCUGUAGCAUUUCAUAACAGGCAUACAGGACUGGGCAUUAUAUGCUGGAUUUACUACAUUUGCAAUGAUAUUAUUCCCUAUCAAUUAUAAUAGGUUUGUGUUUGAUUAAUUGUAUGGAAUAUUUAUGAUUAGACAAUUCCAUCCUCAUCAUAAUUUAUUUUUAACUUGAACUUUAGGCCUUCCAAACAGAAAUUAAAUCACACCUCAAAACAUGUCUGGUAUUUACUAUCUCAAUAGUCAAUAGUCUAUAUAGUCAAUAGGAAUAGCCACAUCUAUUUUAUGUGGGUCACACAAGUGGAAUCUCUACAUAUAUCUUAUUUAAUUCUUUAACUGCUUUGAAAAGGCCAAUGGUCUUAAGGUUUAUAGGGACAAAUCACCCCCAUUAUUCUGUGCCUGGUAUCCAGAUGAUAGCAUGUAGAGGCUUAAAGAAUAGUCAAAAUGGUUAUUUUGUUUUAAAAAUGUAAUACCAUUUUAAUAAAUAAACCAUUAGACUUUAACGGUUUAUGAUCAUUUUACAUUUACUAAUAUUUUUGUUACAGAUAUUACACGUUCUAUUUUUUAUUUUCAAUUUGGCCCACUGUAAGACUAGUCACUAGUGUAUUUGUAAUUGAGAGAAAAUAGUGUGAACAAUAAUGCAAUUUAAGCAAUGUAAUAAUGUAAUAUGAUAACUAACUGCAUGGCCCCGUUUACUUAUCAUUUUAUGCUAUAUAUACUAUGAACUUGAAAUGCACUAUACAUGCAGCAGAAUAUUAAUAUUACAUAUACGUGGCUGUUCAUAUUACCAGUGCUAGGUGACUAUAGUGCAUGGUCUGUCAUGAAAGAAAUGAGAGAGUAUAAAUGCACUACAUGACAUUGGGGUAGGUGUGGCCUAGGUUAAGAGCUGGUCUCAAGAUGCUAACAUGGUAUUCAAAUUGGCUUCUUUUUACAAUUAUUUUGCUGUUAAUAACAUAGUUGAGAUGAUAUCUAAUCAAAAUAUACACACCCUGUUUUAUUUCAGAUAAAACUCCCCACACCCACUAUAUGACUGUUUCUCAAAAACUCAUUUAUAGAUGAAUUGAAUAAAUGUGUAGCCAGUAUGUUACUUUGGGUUAUUCUGUAAUUGGGAAUAUUCAAAGUCAGUGCAGUAUUUAGGUAGACAUUUUAAGACACCCUUUUUAAUUAAAUUUAAAAAAAAAAACAGUUUGUCAAGUGUGUUGAGGUUAUUCAGAUAUUUUCAACCGUAGUAGCCAAACUGAAAUAUUUUAAAUUGCUUUGUCAUUUCUUCACAUUCCAGUUUAGUGAAUAAAGCCCAAAGUAUUUAACAUCUGUCAUUGUCUUUUUUUUUUGAAUUUUUUCUUUCUAAACUUAAGUUUUUAACAUUGUAUCAGUAUAGUCUGUGUUUUGAAUGCCCUUAUUUAUGUGAAUUAGCCUGUACCUCUGCUUCCCGCACUACUGACAUUAUUUUCUAUUCCAAACACUGUGCUAUCCAGCCCUGCCUACCAGAGAUUUUUUUUUAAUGGGAUGUGUUUAUCAUAGAAUCCAUUAAGGUUGCCAUUUUGCAUUGCAAGAAUAGAAAGACUAAAAUAGUACUGAAUUGAUGGUGAUGAACACAUUCUGAAUCUAUUAUCUCAUCUUACUGCAUCACCACAGAUAGGCCUAGUUACCCCAAUCAUUCCACAUACAGGUACAUCAAAAGCCAUGUCACGGUCACUGAAAAUGCAUAGUCCUUGCCAAAACAAAUGAAAAGUCUCCAUUAUUCCAUAAUCAUUCAUGUCACAAUGCUACACUUAAAUGCCUGCACAGUGCAUCUCAGGAACAUAAUGGUUCUGAGUUCUCCAAAGUAUAUCAGACAUAAGUGCAUUUUAUAUUUACAUCCACUGCACACCUCAUUCUACUAAUAGCAUCAGUAGUCUGUAUUGUGGUGGGUAAAAGAGGAACUCUCACUUUCCAACAGGGAAUAGUUUUUUUUUAAGUCAAGAACUUUGGAAUGAUACUCAGACUUAAUGAAUUUAAUGACAGGUGGAUUAUCAGGUCUGUGGGUGUAGUAGAUGAGUAGUGAACUGCCAAAUGCAUUGGUAAAAGGGUUUGUGGAGAAGAUGUUUGUCCUGCAUCAGGCCUAUGGAGGAUGAUGAUUUUCCUUUAGAAUGCUAACCUGUUACUGCUCUAUCAGGUUUUCAUGGAGCUAAAUGUUCUUUGGGUUUUUCCUUCCACAUUUGUGUGCAGCCUUAUUUUGUGUCGUGUUUUAGACUUUUAUCUUCAUUGAAGCUGCAGACAGGUAGUCAGACUGUCUGUGAGGAUCUCAUUAGGAUGUCAUAUUUAAGUUUCAGUUUGUGAUACUCAUAGAUUAUUUACAUCUACCCUGAACUUCCUAUCAGUGUGUGCUUUCAGUAUUUUUGCUUAUCCUCAAGGGCCCCAGAUUAUUGACCAAGGCACUGAUUGAGGUUUAUUCAUUACAGUACAAAUUCAAAUCUGAAUAACAAGAUGAAAGAUAAACAUCCUUUUUUCCUUCUAAGGUAUGGUAGAAGAAAUCGUGCAACUUGUUUUCUAUGCACAACAAUUUACAGUGUGACAAAUAAAGCCCACAGACUCACCUAUGCUUAAAUGGAUAUACCUUAGCAACAACAUAGAGUUCAAAGUCACAGAGCAGAUUUUGGCAGCUCUAUUAACUGGUAAAAGUACCACAAUUUGCCAAAUUCGACUUAUCAUGUAUCUCAUGUAUCUCAGGACAUAUUAAUUUAGCUCAGGUACUGUUUAAUGUUAUAUAUACUGUAAAACUGGUAAUAACUAGAACUUUAAGAUGUUUUUAUUUUGAACAUAUUUGGAGAGAUUUAUCCAGGCAGAACAGGUGCUAUUUUGCAAAGUGUUAAAGGCUGAAUUAAAUUAUAUUGGAUUCCAUGAUGACGGCUUUUUUAUCACUUUGCCCUAGAAUAGCACCUGUUUUUUCCUUGAUAAAUCUUCCCCUAUAUGUCUCAUAUUGUGUUGAGCCUUUUUCAAACUAUCAUUGCUUUUAAGUAUUCUUUCUGCUCGUCAGUUAGCUUUUUACAUUUUUCGGUCUUAAGAAUUAAAGUGGAACUGUCACAGCUGAGAUUUUUUUUGUACAACCCAACAGCAAGCUACACCUAGCGUCGGGUUGUGCUGUUAUUUGAGGAGGAGUGCCUGAGUGUGCAUGUGCUCAAAUCGCAUUUCUGUGUAGAUGCCCAAGCAUACAUGAACUCAUUUUCAAGGGCAUUAUGUUUGAAGAUGACUCCCUGAACAUGGAAGUACUGCACAUGUAAACAUGUUUUAUUCUUACCUCCAUAUUAAUUCUCACCCAAGUCAACAGUGUCAGUUCUGCUUUAAGUACUACAUUGGUGAGACCUCACUUGGAGUAUUGUACACAGUACUGGAGACCGUAUCUUCAGAAGGAUAUUGAUACCUUAGAGAGGGUUCAGAGAAGGGCUACUAAACUGGUUCAUGGAUUGCGGGAUAAAACUUACCAGGAAAGGUUAAAGGAUCUUAACAUGUAUAGCUUGGAGGAAAGACGAGACAGGGGGGAUAUGAUAGAAACAUUUAAAUAUAUAAAGGGAAUCAACACAGUAAAGGAGGAGACUAUAUUUAAAAGAAGAAAAACUACCACAACAAGAGGACAUAGUCUUAAAUUAGAGGGACAAAGGUUUAAAAAUAAUAUCAGGAAGUAUUACUUUACUGAGAGGGUAGUGGAUGCAUGGAAUAGCCUUCCAGCUGAAGUGGUAGAGGUUAACACAGUAAAGGAGUUUAAGCAUGCAUGGGAUAGGCAUAAGGCUAUCCUAACUAUAAGAUAAGGCUAGGGACUAAUGAAAGUUUUUAGAAAAUUGGGCAGACUAGAUGGGCCGAAUGGUUCUUAUCUGCCGUCACAUUCUAUGUUUCUAUGUUUCUAUGUUUCUAUUGGUGCUAUAUUAUUGUCUCUUUAUAUCAGUGGGCUGACAUUUGGAAUUUCAAUGUUAAAUUAGUAUAUACUGUAAUUUAUAAACAAUUAGCAAGUAGGUAUAGUUCUAGGGCUUAUAUACUUAAUGAGAAAAUGUGAAACUACAAAGGCAUUGCAAAAAUCAACAGUUUGCAAAAUUAACAAAGUGUUAGGAGUACAAAGCUGUAUUUCUAACACUAUAGUGACCCUCUGCUUCCGUUACCCUUCUUAACACUUAUCUGCGUCCUUUGAUGUUAUAGCAAGAGGGAACCAAAACGCAUGUGCAGCGACUGCCUAGUAUGCAUUAGGCCUUUCCCACAGGAAAGCAAUGUUUUCCUAUCUGGUUUUGCAAGACAUUGGAAGUAUUCAUGCAAAGCGUGAGGACAUCCAGCAUCAUUUCAUGGCGUUAAACUCUGUGAAACAGCACAAAGUGUCUGUAGUGGCUGUCUAACCCUGUAAUGGAAAGGUGGAAGUUUCUCUAAAACUGCAAUAUUUUCAACUGCAGAGUUAAGGGGACAGGGGCAGUACUCCAGAGACCAUUUCAAUGAGAUGAAAUGGUCUGGGUGACUAUAUUGUCCCUUUAAUUCAUUAAUGCAUAGGAACUAAAAAACCUCAGUGAAGGAUAAAACUAGUGUUGUGGAGGGCUGUUUGGUGUUAAAAUGGCCAUUAUAAAUCAAAGUGCUGUUGAUUAGCUGUCCAUGGUGCUGAAGAGUCUGAACCAAACUUAUAGCAAGUGAAAACAAAUUAUGUUAUGUAGAGGAGCUUUUUCAAGAUAAAACAGGUGCUAUUUUGGGUUGCAAAUUGCUGAAUGUUAAGAGACAUUCUAAUGGUUUCCAUGGUGACUGCUCCUUUUUGUUUAGCUCUUUACCCCAGAAUAGUAUCUGUUUAUUAUUUGAGCACUCUCUCCUGUAGUUUUUAAGUAUGUUUUAUAAAAAUACAAUUCAGUUAUUUGCAGAGUGAGAACCCACAUUUCAAAGCCUUUGAUGAUGAUGAUUAUUAUUAUUAUUAUCCUUAUUAUUUUGAUAGCAUAUUCCUGUAUUUCUAUUAUAACAAUUCACACAGUGGUUUAUGCUGGAUUAAAUACUAUGGCUACCAUGGCAUAUUACAACAACAACAACAAUUUAACCAGGGUGCUCACAUGUAACACAGCAUUUCUUUGUAUGCUCUGCUGUAAAGAUAUUAUAAUAUUAUUACCCAAUUGAAUGGUACUACAGUACAUUACUUUGACACAUUUUAGAUAAAUAUAUUUUGUGUAUUUGAACUUCCGACUAUUUAAAAUAAAAGCUUUCUGUAUAAUCUAUUCUUAUGUGGAAAGAGCUUUCUUUUAGUAGCCAUCCUUUUACCACAAUUGCUCUCUGGCUGGAUCACAGCCUUGGCCACAGUGCGUAGAUAUAUUCACCUUAGUGUGCCUGACACUCGGGAUCAUGAACUAAAGUGAGAAAUCAAAGUGUAUUUCGAAUUUAAGGUCAAAGUAGCUAUGCUUUCAGUUUGGCUACUCUGUAUUAAAUUUGAAAUUCACUUUAAAUGUUGCCAGCUUGAUUCAUUGAUAUUAAACUUUGCAUCUGUUUUGUCAGUGAACCAAAAGUCACUGUUUAGUGAGUCAAACUUAUAGUACACCAUCCUAAUGCAGACACAUACAGUAUGACAUAUCCAAAGAAAAUUGACCCCUUAAAAUGCCAUGCCUAAAAAUAAACUGGUUUUAAUGAGUGAAAAAUAAAUAACAUCUAAUACACUUUAAGCAAACUUAUGGACUUUUCUCUAUAUUUAGUGCACUAUUUCAAAUACUAUAUAUUUUAUAGAACUGUUCACUGCUGUGCAUUGUUUGUUUUAACAAAUCUAAAUUUGUGUUUGGGAGGGCAGAUUUCCAAGCUGACAGCAUAUAUACAAUAAAGGUUGCAAACAAGGCCAAAAAUAUGAGCCAGCACACACACACAUUUCCAGAACAUAAACUUACUCAGAACCAUUCAGCAACAUUUCAACCAUAUAUGUGCUUUUAUCAAGGCUUGAUAAAGGCUCUUAUCUAGGCUGAAAUGUUGAUGGAGGGUUUAGAAUAAAGUUACUAUUUUUUGUAAUUCGUUUGUGAAGGGUUUUCAUUUUGGAUAACCAUCUUUGUCCUGUGCAUGUGAAGCAUCUCCCUGUCCAGUUAGCCAAUAUAUAUAACUGAACAGGGAGAUGCUUCACAUGCACAGGACAAUGAUGGUAUAUAUAUAAAACAUGAUAAUUAUAAAAUAUAAUGGCUAUAUCUGAGAAGACACAAUUCGUUUAUAAACAGUUGACUGUGAUGAAUAAUACCCUGUCUUCUUGUGCUCUAAUUACCUGCUGCUACAGUGGCUGAUGUACACUUUUGCUGGAGCUGGUAUUUCUGUUUCUUCAAUAUGCAAAGGCACAGUGAGAAAACAGAUUCAUUGGUGGAAAAGACUAAGGCUAUUGUUGGAGUAUUAGGGAAGACAUUUAAACUUUCAUAACUAUUUUUAAAGUCUAUUAUUAAAGCCUAAAUCAAAUCUGGCAGGGUUACCUAUUGAAGUGAAAAUUGUCGGGAAUUCAAAGUGAAUUUCAAGUUUCAGGCCAAAGUAAACAAAAUGGAAACAUUCUUCAAGUCACCCAGACCUUUUUGACUAGUUUGGUCUUAAACUUGAAAUUCAUUCCUUUGCAUUCCUGACAGUUCUCACUUUAGUCAAUAACCGUGUAUAUAUACAGCCCAGGUAAAUAAGAAGUGUUUCCUCCUAGAUGGUACGCUCAUUUGAGCAGGCCCUCCAUUUCUUGUAUCUGUCAAUUUUAUUUUGUUUGUUAAUGAUUUGCUACUGUAUCCCCAUUGUAUAAUUGCAAAACACUGCUGACAGUGUUGACGCUAUAUACGUUAUAAUAAUAAUAAUAAUAAUAAUAAAUGUAAUGAAUCAUGGAAGAAUCACUAUAAAAAUUUGACUAUCGCUAUAAAAAAAAGUUAUCCAGGAGCUAAAAGUUAGAAUACGAAGUGAAUUAUAUAUUUUUUUAAAUUAUGAAUAAUUAAAUAAAUGGCAAUAUAACAUGGUAAAAUCAGGUGAAUAAGAAUACGAUAAUACAAUAAUAAAAAUAAAAUAUAAAAUACGAGGAUAUAUCAAUAUUUAAAAUUUAUUUAAUAUUUUCUAGUAUUUUAUUUUUAUUAUUGUAUUAUCUAAUUCACCUAUUUUUUUUUUUAUUAUAUUGCCAUUUAUUUUAUUACUCAUAAUUUAAAACAAAAUAAAAUAGCUCAGUUCAUAUUCUAAAUAUUAGCUCCUGGAUACUAAUUUUUAUAGUAAAUUCUACAUUUGCUUUUUAUACCCAGGACUGGUUAAUCUUGAUCCAGUUUGAGCUUUAUUUAAGAUGGUAUUCCUUCACUCCCUCCACCCAUUAAGGAAGCACUCCCAAUCCAGCACCUGUUUGGCUGUCCUCCCAUGUACUCCAUAUAUACCAAUGUAAAGAAUCAUAUAAAUAACAACCCAAUCAAAUAGUCAAGCAUUUAAAACUUUAUUGCAACUUCCAUGCUGCAGAGUAUCCAAAUAUCACAACAUAUAUGUUUUCAUUUUGAAGUCUUUUAGGGAUCAACAGAUUAUAAUUUCCACAGAUUAUUAGAGCCAAUAUCCAGCAUAUUUCUGAUAAUCAGUACCAAUACCGUACUCACCUCUCUUAGUCAUUGCACACUGCCUUCCGCAUCCAGAAACUCUAGCUGCUAGCCAAUGAGGAGUCACGUCACAUCAUCCCUCCCUGUGAGUUCCUGUAUGCGGAGCUUAGCUAAAGGCAAGGAAGGUAAGACAGUGAAUAUACUACUGCAAUUGACUGGAAUUGCUCUCAGUAACAGCACUGUGCAUUCUGGGAUCUCAGUUAUUCCAGCACGCCCUGACUGCCUGAGAGUAACAGGAUUGUGAUUACUGUCAGCUUGCUCAGUGAGAUUGCGCGUUAAAUGUACAGAAUAUUGGUACGGAGUAUUGGCAAUCAGCCCGAAAGGCAACCAAUAAUCUGUAUCAGCAUCAAUCUUUAUAAUAGUGGUUGAUCCCUAAUGUGUCUUUUAAUGUGUUAAUUUGUCAUGAUAUACAUAACUGUUAAAUUAAUAAAUAUCAGAGGAUUAGUAUUUUGAUGAAUUGCUUGUUUAUUGCACAAUAUAGGCCUUAAGUGUCAGUGGACUCUCCAUAAAGUUCUGCCAGCCACAAACUCAAUAAUAGUCCUGUUAAAGCUGGAAGAAUAUUUACAUGAUUUUUCUGGAGAAAAUAAAAAAAACAGAAGUUAGUAAUGAAUUUACUGGAACUGUUAGCAAUUCACCUACCUUAAACAGGUAGUGUAAUUUCUAUAGAAAAGUGCAUCAAGGCUAAGUAGAUAAUACACUUACCUUCACUGCAUUUCCAGUACCUCCCAAGUGUUCUGCUUUACGAGGGACAGUCCCUAUUUGGGACCAAAACCCUCUGUCCCUCUUUUGUAUCCCAAUUUUCUAGAUGCCCCAUUUCUCCACACCAAUACUACUUACAGUAAUGUGUCUUUAAUUACAAUAAAUACGGUGGGUGGAGCAAUGACAUGCUGUCACGCAUGCGGAGAGGUGGAGCUGGCGUGGUAAAAACAGUGGCUGAGGCUAGAGAGCAUGGGGAUGGUGCAGAGAAAACCUCUCCAAGCACGCCAGAUAAAUUCCAAUAAAUGUGUUUACAAAUCGCAUAUAUUUUAACGCUAUGUCAUUUGAUAUUGCUCAGAGCUGCCCCCAAAGGCCACACUCCCUCUCACACUUGUAAAAUUAACGUGUUUCUUUGCUUAUAUAAAAUGUUGGUAUGUAUUUUGGAUUUCAGGUGAUUUCAUUGCACCAUAAUUCUCCAGGCACAUGGACAAUUGUGAUCUGCUGAUAGACAUUCAUUUCAGAGAGAGGAACACGAAUGUAAGCCUUUAAAUAUGGAACAGAGAGGGUUAACUUAAUUUGCACAGUGUUCUCUGGCAUUAAACUUAAAGAAUGCAAACCUUUAAUAAUAAAGACUGUAGGUAUCCAUUAAAUUGUAUAUAGAAGCAAGAUGUGACAAUUACACUUUAAGGCAAUUAGUACACUUAGAACAUUAUCAUAAUCUUACUGCCUAUACUAUACUAUACUAAAAAAAAUACUCUUUAGUUGCAUUUCUAGACCAUGUGCUAUUUUCCUUUUAUUUCUUUUAAGCUUCCUUUUAUUAUUUUAUUUUUUUAUUUUUUGAUAUAUACACAAUAUAUUUCUAACGUACGGCUAUAUGGUUUUAAAGUUACUACUACUAAUCCAAACGCAAGGCUGUCUUUAGAUCCUUCCCUUCUUCUUUAUGAAGGCAAGUUAACGUCUAAUCAGAACAUUAAUUAUUAUUUUUCUUAUAACUCACUAAAUGUUAAGUGACUGUUGAUUAACCUCCGCCAUCAAUCAAGUUACACAACAUUGUAAUCCAAUUAACAUUCUGAUGAUGCAAAUUGGAAGAGUUACCAUAUAACAGUCAAGUUGGAAUAGUCCACACAUUUACAGAAAAUUAGCUUUAAUGUGGACAUGGUUAAAAAACAAAUUUAAACAACAUGUAGCCAUAUUCUGCUAAAGAUGAUUUAGACACACUUUAUAUCAGUGUUCUCUAUAGAGGCCCACAGGUACAACCUAAAAUGUUUUUAUAUUACCUAUUAAAUUGUGAAAACGAGGCUGUGCACAGUGUAACAACAAAAUAUAUUACCUAACACCUUCUGGGCUUCAUAAUUCUGAAACAUUGUAUGCAGUUCUGAGGCAUUAGAUAUUCGCCUCGUAGUUUACUAAAUUGGUUAUACAUAAUAAUUGGUUAUACAUAAUAAUAUUUCAGUUAGUGUAGGUACCACAAAAAUACCCGUGCCUGAUACCUGGGCAGCAGUCACGCAACUUAAUAAAACAGGUUACCUAUUUUUAAUGGAUUCACUAUAACUUUGGCUCAUGACUGACAUUUUCAGGGUACUGCGUUGAAUUUCUAGGCAAAUACAGUUACUAACUCUACCAUUUUGUAUGGCAUUGCCCCAUACAACAUCUAACUGGUAUGCACGUAAAACUGAAUGGCGAAUCAUAAUCUUGAAUGUAUUGUAAUUUUGAAAACUGACACGGUUUUCCCAAUGUACUUUAUCCUCUGUUUACACCUUCCGCAUGAGGCAUGCAAAGCUGAUCUGAUAAACCUUUUUUUGCCAACUGUAAAGAUUACUAUGGGUAUAAAACAGCUGAGGAUCUACUUCCCAGGGCCCCAAUGCUACAUAUUGGUUUCCAGUAGAUGACCCACAAUUUGCUGGGUUUUUCCAACCAAUCAAAUAGCUAUCUCCUGCUAACACUGUAGAGCUCAUUUGAGGCUUACAAAUCAUUCAGUGCAGAUAAUGUUUUAAUUUGUCUUUCCUAAAGUUCUCGUCAGUCCUAUCUUCAAUUGGUGAGGACCCUGAUUGGUAAGUAUUAAAUUAUUUCAUUUACAGGUAAUUUUUAAUGGUAAAAAUAGAGUGAAUCCCUUCAUGUACACAUAGAAAUAACGGAACACGGAGAGGGGACGAAGUAUGGACUUAUAUUUAUGCCCUUUUUAUAUUGAGUGGGCUAGUGAUUCAUACUGAGGUAUUUGAACAUGUGAAUACAGUGCUGGAAGAGUCUAUUGUGCCUGGUGUAAAAACUUGCUGCCGGUGUGCAGCCUGGGACAAAGAAAGAGGUGGACAUAUUGAGUAUAGCAGAAAAGGGACAUGCCACACUCAAGUUCUGUCCAUAGAGAUCCUUUCUAAGUUCCUAUACUCAGUAUCCCUCUGCACAACAUCAUAAUGCAAGAUUAUAUGAAGAGUUUGUUUGUUCUUUUUUAGUGUCAGAGGGCCUGUGUCUACAGCUCCAUCUCCAAUAGCCCCUAUGCUAAUCUGGUCCAGAAUGACUACGGUAGCAGAUGCACAGGAAGCCUGUUUAUUGCUUCUUUUAUGUGACUCAGUGGAACCCCUUAGCAUCUUUCAUUAUUAUUGUACCAGGGACAUCUACAUCAUACAUCCCCACGCCAGUUACAUUUGUUUGAUUGCCUCAGAACACUUAAGGUGUAUAUAUUUCAGAUUUUUCUUUUUUUUUUAUCAAACACCUUAAGUAAUAAAUAAUGUUUACAACAUAAAAACACCUCUAACACAUACCUUAAUUAAGUAUUCCAAAAUGAGAUAUACUGCUCGAUAGUAGUUUUUAAUGUACACACAAAUAAGCUAUAAAUAAGAAAAUAAGAAAUAUGUUUUAAAAAAAAUUUUUUUAUAGCAUACAGGAAUAUGCUUAUGGCAUAGACUGAAUACCAAGAAUUGACUGACAAGCGAGAGCAAGAAAAACCAUGUACUUGACAGCUUUUCUCCUCUCCACCACAGCAACUACAGAGCAUUUGCUGUAGUCACUGUGACUAUUCAGCUGACGAGCAUGAUUUGUUUUGCUAGAAGAAUUUAGGAAUGGAAUGAUGGUUAUCACUCUGUUCAGAAGCAGAAAUGUUGGGAAUAAACCCAAAUUAUUGUUACUAUAGGUGACCCGCCCCUUUUCUUUGGCAGCAUCAGUGCUAUAGAGGAGGCGAAUAUAAAGCAAUCAAAUAUAUCUUUAAUUCAUGGCUUAAGGAAAUAUUACAGUUUCACUUUAAAAGGAUAAUCUGGCCAUCGGUGAAUAUAUUCUGAAUUAAAAUCAUAACAAUAAAAUGUAAAAGUAAAAGGUUGCAAGUCACCAUAUCUACAGAAUUUGACGUGCUUCCUUGCAUUUCCUGUGAGAUUGUGGAACAUGCUAACACAUAAUACAUUGCUUCACUCAUGCGGUAAAUCUAUAGAAUGGGAUAUACCAUUAAUUCCCUGUGGCAUACCAUCCAUGCCUGUGGCAUGGAAGCCUGUCAGAUAAACUAAACACCAAUAAGGAUCCUUGGGAAAAAAAAAAGAAAGAAAAAAAAAAUCUGGUUUUGAUAAUUUUUUUCUUUGCCUUCUUUUCCUCUGUUACGCGACGCGUAAAGCUUUAGUUACCUGAACUUUAAAUAUGAGAACAUAUAUUUACACCCCCUCAGUAACUUGUAUGUGUUUGUAACGAGUUGUUUGUGCAAACCUUCAUAUGCUAAUUUUUAACGAUCACAUUCUUAACGGGCGGAAAAAGUGAGAAAUAUUCCAAUGGCAAUCUGUCAAUGUCAAUCUGCUUGUUCUCCAAGCACUGUAUGACCAGUCCUUAAAGUGGUGAUUUAUGCUCAGCCAUCUGCUGUAGAAUCAUAAACAAUUAGUUUCAGAGUCCAAAGUAUACUUUUAGUAUGUAAGUUUGGCUUUACAUGGAAACUAUUGCGCACAUGAUAUAUAGACAAUGCCAAAACCAAUGAGCAAUGUAGAAUAUAAAUAGCGAUGAAAGAGUCUCCGACUCUGUUACACGCAUGAUGCCUGCUGUGUUUCUGCUGGAGAUGUGUGCAUUAUUGCUGAUUUAACAUGGACCACCACAUCACCAUUCAUAGUUUGAAUUUAACCCUUUUUGUGCACAAGUAGCUUUGAUGUCCUCUUCAUUGGUUCUAAUAGUGGCUCUGUCACUCCUUUUAUACCCACCCCAUUUUUAAAAGAUGAAAACGUUAUGAAAUGAUCAUAAGUUCUGUAUUGGAAUUUCAGUUUCUAUUAUGGGGGAUUUUGAGCAAUUUUUGUAAAUUUGAUACCUGUAUUCCUCUGUCAUACAUAUAUAGAGGUAAUGAUUAACAUGCUGAAACUCUGUUCAUUUGGGUGUGUUAAUGUAUGCAAAUUCUUUCAUAACUUUGAAAGAAAUUCAAGUUCAAAAUAUAUCCCAUAAAACCCUUUAGAAAGAAAAGAUAUUCAAAGUGCAACACGCAUAAUAUCACUCUUUGUACAAUAUAAAGUGCACUUAAAUAUUUAAAGUAACACUAUUGGCACACAGACCACUUCAUCUCAUUGAAGUGUUUUGGAAGAAGUGUCCCUGUCUCCUUAGCCCUGCAAUCUAAAACAUUGCAGGUUUAGAGAAACUGCAGUGUUUAUAUUGCAGGGUUAAGACUGCCAAACAACCACUACAGGUGCUUCCUGCUGUUUCACAGAGUUUUACUUUGUGAAACGAUGCUGAUGUACUCAUGCUUUCCAUAAGGAUGUCCAGACUUUGAUGUACUCAAUGCUUUCCUAUGGAGAAGGUCUAACAUGCAUUAGGUUCCCCCCAUCAGCUGACAUCGGAAAGGCCCUACCCAGCGCCAAGAGACCUCGGCACUGGAGUCAGGUAAGUGUUUAUUUGGUUAUUUAACCCUUUCAUUUAUACGGGGUCGGCGAGGAGGCAGAGGGACACUUCAGUUUUGUAUUCCUAACACUAGUGUGUUUCUUUAAACUCCAUUGUUGAUUCAAAAUUCAAAUGAUACCAUAAAAACAGAAAAACAUAUACACAAGUAAAAUUUCCUUAUAUUCCCCUUUAUUAUUAUAUAAGGGGAUUUUACUUUGGAUAUUUGAGUGUAUGAUUUUUCAGUUUUAAUAGACAUUUGAAUUUGAAAUCAAUGGUUUAGUUUAAGUAUUUGAGAGCACUUUAUAUUGCAUAAAGAAUGAUAUUAUGCUACCACUAUACAAAUAUAUACCCUUAAAAUCACCUAUGUUAUCAAACUAACAUGAUAGUGAAAGGCAAUAUGGCCAUAUGGUGGAACUGAAUCCCCAUAUAAUCACCAUAUUUGUAUGCAAAGAUAGAUGAUUUUAAGUAGCCUUGUAAAAUGUAAAAUAAUAUUUUUGUUUGAGUGUGUGUGUGUGCGCGUGCGUGCGUAGGUCAUACCUUUCGUACCGCGUAUUUUGGAGUCCAGAUCAGAUUCCUUUUUGGUUGAGCACCCUGCCACUCCCCCAUCUUCAGAUGCCCCUUUGGAAGUGAUCACAAGAAAGUAUAAAUUUGAGAGGUUUUAGAUAGCCAAAAAUGUCACUUUAAUUAUAAUUUUCAUUUGGUAUAGAGCAUAUAUAUCAUAAGCAUUGUAAGUAUAUAUAAAAGCAUUAUCACUGCAUUGUUUUUAUCGUGUUUUUUGAUAAAAAUUCAUUUUGCAUUCUAUAUAUUUACAAUGCUUUUACAACAGAUUAAAUAAAUACACUUUAGUUCAUUUAGCACUAGCACUAUUUAAUUUGUCACCCAUGUCGCGGGUACUGUAGCAUAGUGAUGGUCUUAACAUGAUAUGGCUAUAUGGUGGAAAUGAAUCCCCUAUUUAUCUAUAUUUUUUAAAGUUGUAUUUUUGUCUGUGCCCUGUUCCUUCUAGUGUCUGGAGUCUCCUUGUGCCAUUCUUUUAAUCAGCGUCAAACCGUUUUUAAUGCAUUAAUGCUAACGGAGUCCAUAGCAGCCUAUUCCCUCUGUGUUGCUUGGGCUAAGCAGGAAGCAUUAGACUGAGCAGUACUGGUGUCAGUGGUUGGCUGAGAGCAUCAGCUGACCAUUUUAGCCUGCCACAACACCAAUUGCUGGUCUAAACUGGUACGACUAGAAGGAAAUAUGUAAUCUCUGCCUUACCCACACCUCCAGUAGGUGCUCUAAAAUAGUUUAACCCUGAACUAUUGGAGGGACAAUGUCAAAUAGAUUCCAGGCACUAUAACCAAUUCAAAGAUGAAAUGGUUAUAGUUUCUACAGUGUCUCUUUAAAAAAAUAUUUUUUUUACAGUGGAAAAAACUGCCUAGGACUUUUUGUACUUUAGUGCACAGUUAGCCCACAUAUAUAAUUUAGCAUGUGAAUAGAAUGUCUCAGGUGUGGUGAAACAUUAUUACAUGUGUGGUAGGAGUGAUCUGAACCCAACUCUGUCUUCCUAUUCCAUUGUUCUGCAUACUGAUGACUCGCAUCAUUCUGGCAUCAAUACUGAGGCUCAACCCUGCCCUCAAAGUCUAUUAUAGACUUCACUAUACUUGUCAUUUUACAGAUGCGAUUUUGCUGAAAUCAUGAAACCAUUAAUAAAACCAUUGAAACCAUGGAAUGACAAAAAAGGGGCUCUCCCUAGCACUCAUAAUGUCCCACUUCAUUAACCGCAUUGUUAAUGUGGAAUUAACAUUUCCAUAUAAUUCAUGUCAAUUCUGCCCAUCCUGGAUGGUUUUGAUUGGCUAGGAACACUGAGGGAGGGGAUGCAUGGUCAAGGUAACCCAACAUUCUCAGGCUAUCCAUGCUAAGCAUGCAUUAUUAAAAGGACACUAUAAGUACCCAGACCAAUUAAUCUAAUUCAAGUGGUCUGGGUGCAGUGUUCCUGUCUCACUUAGUCCUGCAAUGUAAAAUAUUGCAGUUUUAGAAAAACUGCAAUGCUUACAUUACAGUACUAAGACAGCCUCUAGUUGCUCUCUACGAGACAGCCACUAGAGGCAUUUCAGGGAGUUUACUGGACUCUAGGUUAUCUGACACUGGACAUCCUUUUUACCUUUUAUGUGCCAGAGGGGGGCUGCAAGUGAGGUGGGAGCGGGUUGUACAAGUUCUCUUCAAAACAAAACCUGGAAUUUAAGCUAUAUGCCUAUUCAACCAGAAUUUACCCACACUAAUUAUAUAAUCAUUUUGUUCAGGAGAAAGAGGGUUUUCAUUUCACUUCAAAUUGUAAGAUAUGAAACAAUUUAAUAUGAAUAAAAUCUAUAGACAGUUUGAGAAAUUUAGACAUUUAAUUUUCCAAGGUUUGCAUGGCAUUUUAAUUGUGAAUGUUGCAAUACUAUUAGCUUUUACUGCAAUAAAACAGAUAUUUGUAUGCUGUGAUGUACCACGAGAACAACAUUGUACAGGAUUCAUGGUUUUUGGAAAGUUACAAGUCAAAUAGAGAGCUUGCCCAAGGAAUGAAAAUUACCCCUGUCAUGGAAUACCAUUUGCAAAAAUAAAAAAAAACCAAGGUAUUCAAAAUAGGGAAUGGCCAGUCUUUUUUUAAUAGUCACUAAUCUUGGCCAAAGUUAUUGCUCACAUUUGUUUUAUUUCAUUUUUCACACAAAAACUACACUUUCAUUUAGGAUAUCAUCAUCAUUAUACUGUUUACUGUUUUAAAACACUCAUAUUUAAAUUCAGUGAAGUCUCAUAAGUACAACAGUACCCUCAUGUACAGGUUUUGUGGGGUUUUGAAAAGUUACAGGGUCAGAUAUAGGACUUGCAAAUUAAAUUAUCUGGUAAAUAUGCCUAGGCAGGCCCCACAAUAAUUAAUUAAUAUAGUAAUAUAAUGAUAUAUAAAUAAUAUAUAAAAUACAAUUAGGAUGACAUACAUUCAGACAUACAUAUUCACUUUAGGUUCUCACUUUGUGGUCGGCAGAUGAUAGCAAAAAUAGGGACCAUGAUCAGGACAUAAGGAGUUCAAAUACUAGAAGGCCAAAUAGAAGUAACUGGGUGGAUAGCAACAUCCAAGUGCCUCCAGAGAGCCAGACAGGUCCUGAAGUCCCAGGUCAAUGGCAAGAACAAGAUCCAAGCCAUCAACACAUAUGCCCUACAAGUCAUCAUGUACGCAGAUGGAAACUGGCAAAGACAAGUGUUAGUCGCUGUGGAUGUCAAAACCCAGAAACUACUCAGAUUACACCAAAAAUCCAGCACUCUGGUGACUGUCCACCAGCCGGAAGAACAGAGGUUGGGGCCUUAUGAGUGUCAAGGCCACAGUCCUGGAAGUAGCACAGAACAAUCACAAAUAUAUCAUGAAGAUGGUGCCCAAAGAUUAACUGCUAAGGGAAUGCCUGAGACAAAAACAGAUAGAGGAUGUAGAAGCGGAGGACAUUCCAUGACAAGACAAACAUCUCCAUGGGGAGUACCACCGGCAGAUAGUGGAUGUGGCUCACAUUACAAAAUCCUAUCAGUGGUUGGAAAAAAUAAGACUAAAAGAAAGCACAGAGGCACUAAUCCUAGCAGUACAGGAACACAUACUCAGCACCAUAUCAAUACAAGCAGGAGUAUCACACUAGGCGCGACCCAAGGUGGAGACUGUGCAAAGAUGACUCUGAGACAAUCCAGCACAUAGUAGCUGGGUGCAAGAUGUUAGAAGGGACAGCAAACACUGAGAGGCACAACCAAGUUGCUGGGAUUAUCUAGCGAAAUAUCUGCACUGAAUAUGGGCUGGUCAGGGAUACCACAAAGGGUAGUUGACAAUGACAGGGCAGUAUCUUAGCUGUUUCUAGAACUGCACUCUUCUAGACAGUGAUCUCAGUUGUCCUACCUGGAAUCUGUUGAAGUCACUCCCCCAACUUGGGAGUAACAGACCUGAGUGCUCCUAUCACAAAUGGGACUACUGCUGCCUUUACUUUCCACAUCCUUUCUAGCUCCUCUUUCUGUCCUCGGUAUUUGUCUACCUUCUCAUGUUCCUUCUUCCUGAUGUUAUAGUCACUGAGUAUUGCCACAUCCACCACCACUGCCGUCUUCCAUUCCUUGUCUAAUACCACAAUGUCAGAUUUCUUGGUCAGUACUUGCUUGUUUGUCUGGAUCUGAAAGUCCCAUGGGAUCUUAGCCCUGUCAUUCUCAACUACCCUUUGUGGUAUGUUCCUUCAGGCCCAUGUUCAUCCCAUAUUCUGUGCAGAUAUAUCGGUGUACAAUCUGAGCAACUUGGUUGUGCCUCCCAGUGUAUGCUGUCGCUAACAGUGCUAGUCUGGUGCCGAGUGCCUGUUCCUGUGUCACAACUGGUAUAUAUGAUUUCCUUUUAAGGGCAUUUUGAUGCCUGGGUUGUCAAGAAGUCCCCUGAUCAGGAUCUCUGCAGUAGGUGAGUAUGCCGGGGUGAUUAUCCACAGGGCGUACUAUGUUGCCCUGUGGCAUUAAAGCCCACCUUUAGCAGGAUGGCAUAGCAACCCGGCCACUCUUUUGGGAUUAAUGUAGCCAAGGUAUGAGGUGUUCUGUGUGUCCUGGUUGAGCAGUGGUUUACAUUAAACAACUCCAAAAUGGUUUUACAAACAUUUAGAGUGUUUGCGACAUAACCAGUACACUUACCUGUAGUAGUGUUAUUAUUUACACUGCCCCUUUAAAGUCUGAGUGUUGUACAGAAAUGUUCUGUAGUGUUAUAGUAUAGAAUGUAUUGUGCACUGGAUCUGUAGUUGCUGUGGUGGAUCUGAUCGAUUAUUUGUAAAGUUAUAUGAUUGUUCAUUCUAUUUAAGAUACACUUUUUAUGCAUUAUUCUUUUAUUUUAUUCAGUCCCUGUUGCAUUUUAGUUUGUAUUACCACAUAUUUUUAUGCUUGUUCUAGAAUCUUUCUAAAUCGUUAAUGAGACAAUUCUUACUUGACCUUGUUAUAAUUGAUUUCAUGUUGACAGACGAUGUCUGGCAUCCUCUCCACUUUUAUAUGCGCAGCUUUUUUGUACUGUAUAUUUUGCUACAUUAUGUAGGGAAUUUAAAUUAUAGCUACGUUUGUUAUAUAUCACAAGGAUUUCUCAAGUUAGAGGCUAAACUGAUUAGCUGUUAAAUCAUACACAUGCAUAUGUUCAACAUGAGUGUUAAUGAUGUGACGCAGGUUGUAGAGUGAAACAUAUGGGGCAGCUCCUUUUGUCCCUGAGUUGGACAAAGCUAUUAUAUAGAUAAGUGUCAGUGCAUUUGGGAGAUCCCUCGUGCUGCAUUUUGGAAAGCAAUUUUUAAAUUCUUCAUUCAUGAAACCUGGUGAAUGGAGCUGUUGAUAGUCAUACCCUGUAUUGGCCCCAUGUAUUGUCUACCACGCCCAACGCAACAGAUGAGGAAAUAGCAAGCAACGGAUAUCUCCUUGAUGGUUUUAGUUGAAGCUUUUAUUGGUCACCCUCUCACAGCCUGGUCUAAUAAAAGUAUAAGCCUCUUGAGUGUCAGUGGGUUUGUUUAUUAUUUAUUAAUAGUCACUCUAGCAAAAAGCUAGUGGAAGGGAAAGGGUCUGGCAAAUUAUCAUUUUUACUACUAUUCAUAGGUACUCCUGUACUGAAUUUUAUAGCACAGACAAUUUUCUGUGGAUUUGGUGAAUUAUAGAAUUCUUCUGUUGUUGUAAUUGUUGUAUAUGUUAUGGGGAUUGGAAGUAGAUUUUGACGUUUACCAAACUACUCCCUACAGGUAAAUUAAGUGGGUGGGUACCUUUCAUGUUGUAUUUUUCCCAAAUAGAUAUAGGGAGUUGGAUGCAUCAUAUCCAUCUGUCCCCAUGUCCAUAUUAUUGGAGGUCAUGAGUGUAUAGCAGAGCUCCACAGCAAUAAUACUCACAGUCAUGUGUUUUUAAACACACUGUUCUCAUUCUGAAUUGCAUUAUAAUUGCAUCAACUGUUAUUAGUAAGUCAAACACCCAACUCACACAUCUGAAUUUAAAGUGUCUGUCUUUGUCCAUUUGAAAUGUUGGGAGGUAUGCCCAUGGAGAGGCAUGGAGAGAAAUUUAAAAGGAUCUUAUACUGAAGGGAUGCUAGGCUUGACAGGGCUCCACCCCUGACGCUUCCUCUAUUUUAAUGCCCUUACCUCUUAAUUUAUAAUCCUUCACCGAAUUAGGAUUAUAAAAUGUUCCAAUUAACAUAUGUCUACUUGUCACAUACAGUGAGGGGAGAAAGUAUUUGAUCGCCUGCUGAUUUUGAACGUUUGCCCACUGACAAAGAAUUGAACAGUCUAUAAUUUUAAUGGUAGGUGUAUUUUAAUAGUAAGAGACAGAAUAACAAAAAAGAAAAAUCCAGAAAACGCAUAUCAAAAAAGUUAGAAGUUGAUUUGCAUGUCAAUGAGUGAAAAAAGUAUUUGAUCCCCUAUCAAUCAGCAAGAUUUCUGGCUCCUAUGUGUCUUUUAUACAGGGAGUGCUCCUAAUCUCAGCCCGUUACCUGUAUAAAAGACUCCUGUCCACAGAAGCAAUCUGUCAGAUUCCAAACUCUCCACCAUGGCCAAGAUCAAAGAGCUAUCAAAGGAUGUCAGGGACAAGAUUGUAGACCUACACAAGGCUGGAAUGGGCUACAAGACCAUCACCCAUCAGCUUGGUGAGAAGGUGACAACAGUUGGUGCAAUUAUUCGCAAAUUAAAGAAACACAAAAUAACUGUCAGUCCCCCUCGGUCUGGUUCUCCAUGCAAGAUCUCACUUCGUGGAGUUUCAAUGAUCAUGAGAACGGUGAGGAAUCAGCCCAGAACUACACGGGAGGAUCCUGUUAAGAUCUCAAGGCAGCUGGGACCAUAGUCACCAAGAAAACAAUUGGUAACACACUACGCCGUGAAGGACUGAAAUCCUGCAGCGCCCGCAAGCUCCCCCUGCUUAAGAAAGCAUAUGUACAGGCCUGUCUGAAGUUUGCCAAUGAACACCUGAAUGAUUCAGAGGAGAGCUGGAUGAAAGUGUUGAGGUCAGAUGAGACCAAAAUCAAGCUCUUUGGCAUCAACUCAACUCGCCGUGUUUGGAGGAGGAGGAAUGUUGCCUAUGACCCCAAGAACACCAUCCCCACCGUCAAACAUGGAGGUGGAAACAUUAUACUUUGGGGGUGUUUUUCUGAUAAGGGGACAUGGCAACUGCAAUGCAUCAAAGGGAUGAUGGAUGGGGCCAUAUACCGUCAAUUCUUGUGUGAGAUCCUCCUUCCCUCAGCCAGGGCAUUCAAAAUGGGUCGUGGAUGGGUAUUGCAGCAUGACAAUGACCCAAAACACAUAGCCAAGACAACAAAGGACCAAGAAGAAGUACAUUAAAGUUCUGGAGUGGCCUAGCCAGUCUCCAGACCUUAAUCCCAUAGAAAAUCUGUGGAGGGAGCUGAGAGUUCAAGUUACCAAACAUCAGCCUCGAAACCUUAAUGACUUGGAGAGGAUCUGCAAAGAGGAGUCGGACAAAAUCCCUCCUGAGAUGUGUGCAAACCUGGUGGCCAACUAUAAGAAGCAUUUGACCUCUGUGAUUGCCAGCAAGGGUUUUGCCACCAAGUACUAAGUCAAAGGGGUCAAAUACAUAUUUCACUCAUUGACAUGCAAAUCAAUUUAUAACUUUUUUAGACAUGCGUUUUUCUGGAUUUUUUUUUGUGGUAAUUUUUGUCUCUUACUGUUAAAAUACACUGAUCUUUUCUUUGUCAGUGGACAAACAUUCAAAAUCAGCAGGGGAUCUAAUACUUUUUUCCCUCACUGUAUUUUAUACAUUACAUCUGUUAUUGUUAUUUUUUUGCAUCUUAUUACCAGUUUCAUAUUACAUCAUUGAUUACUAUCAUUAUUUUCUUUGACCCUAUGUUUACUAUUCAAACAGCAAUUGAGAUAAUAAACUUUGUUGGAAAUCCCCAUUAUCCUUUGCACCCUGCGUAUCAUUGUAAAGGACCAGGUCGACCUCACAGCCUGAAGUAGAUGGGUUCUUUGGGUGAAAUAUAAAUAUGUGUAUCUUUUGAGGUCUUCGACAAAGCAUUCCUCUUUUUAGGGGACUUUGUUGAUUCAGUUUAAUAUGAAAGAAAAAAAUCCAGUUCUGAGUUGAAUAUGCAGUCAUGGAUAACUCUGAUGCAAGCAUUGUUCCUUCUCAAACAGUUCAUCUCAUCAUCCAGUUUUUUUGAUCUUAAUGCUUGCCCACCAUUUUGGUUUCAAGUUUACCUUUGCCCCCGUUAAGAAGGGUAAGAGCUCACUUUUAUUCCAGAACAGCAUGGGUCUCCCGCAGCUGGCUUAGCCAGGAAGCACCUCUAGUUUUAUUUGAGUGAUGGCCAGAAGAGGUUUUACUAGGCAGUAAUGUAAACACUGCCUUUUCUCUGAAAAGGCAGAAUUUACAUUUAAAAUCUUUUAGGGAUGUACUGUACAAAUAAUGUCCCUAUAAUUUUAAGAAUGUGACUGGGGGUGUGGCUAGGAGCAUGACUGUUCUGAAAAAUGUUAGGUGACUUACUAACAAGGUAUGCAACUAAAAUAUAAAUCAGAACAAGAACAAUGUAUCUUAUUUACACAGACUGAUUUCUAAACACAAAUAUGUAGUUUAAAGACAUAUUACUGCAAAGCAGUGGUAUAAAUUGAGACACAUUAAGAAUAUUUACAAAAGAGGGACAAUAGGAUAUAAAAGAGAGACAGCGUGAUUUAGGUCCAAAAUAGGGACUGUCCCGCCUAAAGAGAGACACUUGGAAUGUAAGGAAAACAAAGCCACAUAUAUAAAAAAUGCAGAGUAAAAGCCAUUUUUAUUUGAGAAUUAAAAUGUGAUAAGUACAUGAAGAUAACAAUAUUUUUAAAAUAUGGCUUAAAAUAAAAGAUUUUGCAUAUACAUGAGGACCAGUGAGGUGUUACAACUCUCCUGUUAAAAAUUGGAAAAUGACAGAAAUAUUUCUAUUCAUUCCUUGGCAAAAACAAGUGACAGCUGGGCUUAAACAUAAGUAACAUUUUGUUUUUAUCAUCUAUUCUCAUACUGAAGAAUGUCAGGGUUUGUAUGUAGGCGCAGUUUAGAGAAUCUUCACACAUUUUUAAAGAGGAAAUUUACACUAUUCAGACUAUAUUAAAAGAGCCUUUUAAUACAGGUGUUGACAGUGCUUGAAAUGAAGACAGUUGUAAGUAAAAUGUGAAAUCUACAAGCUAUAAGAUGGAAGUAAUGCAGCAGUGUUAUUGCCUCUUCCUGUCUGCUAAAACCAGGCCAAAGCCUGUUUAAUGCUUUGUGUGGUGGAGGAGUAUUGGCAUAAACUUACAUUGUUCUCACAAGUUAUGACAGCCUAAUUAUUUUCUCUAGUUUUGUAGUUGAAAUUGUAUUUUAGGAACCUAUGUCUUCUGUUUUAAUUUGUGUUUAGUAUUUGUGUUUCUCCACAUAAUGCAUGACGUUGAACAUAACGUUAAGUGUAAUUCAAAAACAGGUACAAAACAAAUCUUUGGAAUGUGCCUGUUUAUAUAUGUAUUGUCUCAGGGAGUGUGCAACUUAAAAUAGACAGCUAUCUGACAAUAUUUUACGUUAAUCUAUCUAUUUUUAGGCUGACCAGUCAGGAUAUAGCCUAUGAAAAUACAACUUUAAUUUUAAAUUAUUAAAACUUUUAUUUUAAAAUUUAUAUAAGGCAAUCAGAAUUAGCGUCACUGUGUAUAUUGUUAUUUUAUUUCACCAACAUUUAUUUUUUUAAAGGGAUUCUGCAGACAUCAUUCUAAACAACUUUAGCCUAAUGAAGCGUCUCAUUGCUCAAUUCUGUGCCAUAUAGGUGUUAAAUCACUUUUGUUUCUGUCUAUGCAGCCCUAACCACACCUCUCUUGGCUUUGAUUCCCACACUUUUUUUAUUUUCAAUUCAAUCUUGACUUGCUUUUGAUGUUUUUAAAUCCUGCUCUGUAAAUUUUACUUUAAUCACACAAGAAGCUCGUGCAGGGUCUACAAAGCUAUUAACAGAACAGCAGAUAAAAAUAUCUAAAUUAAACAGAAUUUGCUAUGAAGGAAGAUUAGGAAGUCCGUAAACUAAUUAUCAUACGUUUGGAUUUCUAACGUCAGUUUCCCUUUAAAUAUACCAUCAGUAUUCAGUUUACCCCACAAAAUUCUGCACGGCAGUGCUAUAGGAACAGGGGAGGGCUGGCAGCCUUAGGCCUGGAGGGCAAAACCAGUCAAGUGGCCCAUUGCACCACCAAAUCAGUUCACCAUCCAUGCCCACCUUUUCCUGGUUUUAUAACGGAUAUUGAUGUUAUGCUAAUCAGUAGCUCUUUGCCAUACCCGCUCCUUCACGGCUCCAGGCACUGCUUGUUGUGAGUGUGAGCCACUGUAAAUUAGGGGCAGAGGGCACUUGCACUGCGGUAAAGAUGGGGCUGGACAGGAGGAGAGUGCAGUGCAAUCAGUGCACUCCCCUCCUGUGGGUCACCAGUAGACUGGUGCACCUGCCCAGGAUCAGAGCCGGUGCAAGGAUUUUUGCCGCCCUAGACAAAAUAAAAAUUUGCUGCCCCCCCAUGUAACAUCACAAUGCCCCACCCAUAUGAACUAGCGCCAGUGCUGCACACAGUGUGUGUUUACAUUAAAAAGCCUGCAGGGACCAGCUAUAGACACCAGAACCACUUCAUUAAGCUAUAGUGUCCCUUUAAUGUGAGGUACAUUAUAGAUUAGUGUCACUAAUAAUAUACUAGAUUGCCUACUUACAAGCAGAUGAGGAUGAUGAUGGGCUGCAGUUUGGCUCCACUGGUCUGGUGUAGAACAGGAUCUCUGGAGGCUGUUUGCAACUGUGGUCACAAAAUUCAAUGUUCUGGGAGAAUUGGAAGCAGCUCCAUUUUUUGGGGCCCCUUACACAGCUCAAGGUCUGGGCCCCAGGGCCUGAUGGUGAGUAUGCCCAUAAGGCCCACUCAUAAGUUCCACCCACCCAUGAGUUCGCUCACAGGGAGUGGAGUGUGUAGGGGAUGUGUUAUGUGUUAUUGUAGAGGAUCUAAUAUGUGUGCUUAUGGUAUGUAGUGUAUAGGGUUACCAGUUUGUGCAGGUGAUGUAGUGUGUUUGUGUGUAGUGGAAGCAGUGUGUAUUUGUGUAUAAGGGAUGUAUUAUGUGUUUCUGGUUGUGUGUAAGGGAUGCAUUGUGUGAAUCUGUGUUUGUAUGCAUAAGGGAUGCAAAGUGUGUGUCUGUAUGUGUGUGCAUUGAGUGUAAGAGAUGCAUUGUGUUUCUGUGUGUAUGUAAGAAAAGAAGUGUGUGUGUUUGCAUGUGUGUGUACGGGUUUGCAUUGUCUGUUUCUGUGUAUGUGUGCAAAGGAUGCAUUGUCUUUGUGUGUAAGGGUUGCAUGUGUGUGUGUGUGUAAUGGAUGCAUUGUGUGUUUCUCUGUGUGUAAGGGAAGCAUGUUGUGUUUCUGUGUAUGUAUAGGGAUGCAUUGUGUGUGUGUGCACGCGCGUAGUGUGAAAGAGCUCCCUGUCUUGGCCCCUGUCCUAUAGAGCUGCCCCUUCUGUCCCGUAGAGCUCUCCCCUGCACCUUAGUGGUCUCUCCUCUCCCCCACCCUCCCCUAGCGGUCUCUUCUCACACUCACCCACCCUCCCUGUGCUCUUCUCAUCCCCCCCUCCACCCUCCCUGUGUUCUUCUCACUCCUCCCUCUAUGUGUUCUCCUCACACCCCCUGUGUUCGUCUUACCCCCCUCCUCCCUGUGUUCUUCAUACUUCCCCCCUUGGUCGUCUUACUCCCCCACCUGUUCUUCUUACUCCCCCACCUGUUCUUCUUACUCCCCUUCUUCUUCUUACCCCCUUCUUCUUCUUCCUCUUACUCCCCCUUCUUCUUCUUACUUCUUCUUCUUCCUCUUACUCCCCCUUCUUCUUCUUACUCCCCCUCUUCUUCUUACUCCCCCUUCUUCUUACCCCCUCUUCUUCUUCUUACCCCCACUCUUCUUCUUCUUCUUACUCCCCACUCUUUUUCUUACUCACCCCUUCUUCUUCUUCUUACCCCCCUCUUUCUUAUCUCCCCUCCUUCUUACUCCGCCCUCCCCUCCUUCUUACUCCACCCUCCCCCUUUUCUUAUUCCACCUCUCCCUCUUCUUACUCCCCCCUCUUUUUCUUACUCCCUCCUCUUCUUCUUCUUACUCCCCCAUCUUUUUCUUACUCACCCCUUCUUCUUCUUACCCCCUCUUUUUCUUAUCUCCCCUCUUCUUAUUCCCCUCCCUCCCCUCUUCUUAUUCCCCCUAUCCCCUCUUUUUAUUCCCCUCCUCCCCUCUUCUUAUUCCCCUCCCUCCCCUCUUCUUAUUCCCCCCUCCCCUCUUCUUAUCCCCCUCCCCUCUUUUUAUUCCCCCCCUUCUCUUUUUAUUCCCCCCUCCCCUCUAUUCUCCCCCCUCUUCUUAUCCCCCCUCCCCUCUUCUUAUCCCCCCUCCCCUCUUUUUAUUCCCCCCCCUCUUCUCUUUUUAUUCCCCCCUCCCCUCUAUUCUCUCCCCUCCUCCCUCUUUUUAUCCCCCCUCCCUCUUUUUAUUCCCCUUCUCUUUUAUUUUACCCCCCCUCCUCUAUUCUCCCCCCCUCCUCCUCUUUUAUCCCCCCUCUUCCCAUUCCCCCCUCUUAUCCCCCCCUCCUCAUCUUAUCCCCCCUCCUGCUUUGUUUCACCUCUUCUUUUAUUCCCUCCUCCUGACCUCCCCUCCUCCUCAUUCUCUCCCCUCCUCUCUUCUUAUCCCCCCUCCCUUCUUUUAUUCCCCCCCUCCCCUCUAUUCCCCUCCUCUUCUUACCCCUCCCCUGUAGCAGCAUGGCGAGCGGCACUCCACGGUCGCGGUGGCCGGCAGCGGUGAUAGGAGGUGCACUGAGUGGUGUGCCGCCACGGGCCCACAGGAAACUCACAUUCCGCGCGGAACAGGAGUUUCGAUCCAGACUGGCUGAACUCAGUAUCCUCGACACCCUUUCAAUUAUUCAGGCAGCCGCCUGAGGCUCUUAACAGAGCGCUCGGGCGGCUGCAGUAUUUAAAGGGCCGGCCCGUCGCGGCCGGCCUUACAGGAAUUUAGGGCGGCCGGGGGGGCAAUUGCCUCCCUGCCCCCCGGCCCAGCCCGCCCCUGUAUAGGAAGGAUUCUGGAAGUUGUAGUUCAUUUGUCAUCUUUAUACAUUAGAAAGCUAAGGGCUGAACCAGAACUCCCAGAAACCUAAGCAAGAAAUUAAAUUUGUAUUACUGGAGUUUCUUCCUAUCCUUUUAAAUGCACACCUUCCUAUUGAUGUGUAUAAAGAAGAAAAUGGACUUACCUUAUAUCCCAUGCCAUACUGUAACACAUGCAGUUUUUCUUUUUAACUCUCUCUCCACCUACAUCCAAUGAUCUCACACACCUAUUUAGAUUUUCUUUUGUAUCAUGGUUACUAGACCCCUGUCAGCCAGCAGAAAGUGCAAAAGUUAACAGACUCUCAGAAUUGUGCCCACCUGAAAUGUACGUAUUCAAAAAUAAAUCAGAAUUCCAGAAGCAUUUUUUUCAGCAAUAAAAUUGCCAUUUGGUUCCACCUUUUUCAAGAGGCACUUGAACUUUUCUUGUAGUUAAUCAAUAGUGUGAUUACAUUUGGCAGUACAGCAAUAAAAAUGUUCUUGCACCUCACUAGGCGUUGUCAUGCUAGAGUGCUUAUUCUGUUAACUUAUUUUUUAUAACUCCCAUAUUGUGAUUGCACACUGAGUUUUUGCAACAAAUGUAAUAUUUAUUUCAAUAAAUACUUUGUUUUUUUUAGUAUGUUCUCCUUAUUGGUAUGAAUGUUAUAACCUCGUUGUGUGACGUCUUCCUCCCUCCCUCGCAUCCACUGGCCAGUAAAGGGUUAAACCCCCUUUAUUUACUUACCUGAUACCCAGCUUUCAGCUCUCUAUCACUAGUAGUGGAGCAGUGAGUAUUGUUCAACGGCCCCCAGGUAAGAAGUCAAGCCAUUUUUAAAUGGUCCGACUAGUUACGAUGGGGGGCAGGAUACUUCAUGUACCAUAACCACUACAAGGAGCUGAAUAUAGCAGUGAGGUAGAAUUGAAUAUAUAUGCGACUGAUGUUGACAGUUCCUUUGCUGACUUUGUAUAUUUAAACAAACUACAUUAUCCACAUAGGUUUUAAGCUGUCUCCAUUUUUGCUGCUAAUUAUAAAUAAUUUGGAGGUAUGGCAAUAUGUGCUUUAAGUUAUAUAUUGUGUAUUAAUAUUGGUUUUGUAUUUUAUUGUACCCUAAUGUAACAAUGCAAUGGUUUGUGCACCCAGGACAUAUUUGAAAACGAGAGAAAUCUCAAUGUAUCUUCCCUGGUAAAAUAUUUUAUAGAUAAAUAAAGUAACCACUUUUUUUAAACUUCAUGGGAAAUAUAGAAUUGUCCUAAUAUUCUUUGCAAUAAGUGAUUUUACCUUUUGUGGUAUGGUUAACACUUCACAAAGGAAUCUAGAUAAAAAUGACAACAAAUACUUCACAUGCCCUCCUACAUUGUAUAUGCAGAAAUACUGUAAUACUAUGGUGGACCAUGGGCAUUGCCAUCUGCGCUCCGUGUCAUGUAUACAUCCUAGUAAUGUGUUUUUAAAGGCCUGUUCUCAGUAUAUGUUCAUGUCAGAUAAAGGUUUACAUUUACAAUGGCCCUACUGCCAGUCAUGCACUGUGUCCCAGUGUAUUUGUUAAAUGCGUGUUUCCCACAUAUAAAUUAAUGUCAAAUAAAUAUUGACUUUUUAAGCCUGCCGUUAUUGUCACUCGUGAACUAGCACAGUGCCUCACAGCUCUAAACAUAAUAUUCCAGCUAUAUUUUCCGCUUUACAUUAUAAAACACAUUUAGCUGCCUGUGAUUAAAAAAAAAAAAAAAGCCUGGUGGAAUGACUAGGAGCCUCAUUUGUAGGCAGAGUACGUUGCUCCAUGCUCUGCUGUGUACGUGCAGAGAGUAGAAAGGGUUGAGUGGGCAGUUGGCAGUCAUUCAUUGUCAUUGAUUGCCAGUCAUUCAUAAAAAACUGCAGAGCCGGGAGAGGUGGAGUCACAAUAAAAAGCCUUUGAGACACUUGCCGGAGACGCUGUUUUGAAUAAUCUAAUGCAAUUACAGCGAAGACUGUUAUGCUGCAUGUUGGAUAUAAUGAAGAGAUGUAUGAUAAUAACACGGAUUGCCAUUAAUCAUGGCAAUUUUAAAACGAUAUUCAAUGCCUAGUGAUGGAGUAUUUAACUGAAAUGGUUAAAAAAUGAAAGAAUGGUAAAUCAGUAAAAUCUGUGUUUGCACGAGUUGCGGAUUAAUUUCCACACGCUUCUCCACGGCCUGUGUAUUAUUAGAUGUAGAUGCAGCUGUGCACUAAAAAGAAACUGUUAUGGGUGAAAUGCUAAAUACAGUUUUUAUUCUGAUAUUUAAAAACAAAAAGAAAAGUACCCCAUUUUUGUUGCUUGUUGAUUGUGAAAGGCAGACAGAAACAACUAGAAUUUCCACCAAUUUUCGGCAGCUACCAGUCUUUUCAUAAGGCACAUGCCACUACUUAUCCUCAUGUAUUUAAUUAUACAUGGUCAAUCAAGCAGACGGUGCUUCAAAGAGCAUGAGAUAGAAACAGGCGUAUGCAAUUAUUUCAUGAAAUAUAAUUGCUUUGCAGAAAUGUUUGGCAAAAUGGAGGAACAUUUCGUAUCUGGAUAGUGCCGCUCCUGAAAACUAGCAAUCUUUCACAAACUGUAUGGAAGUUUUGGAUUUUUGUUUUUUCAUGUAAAAAACUUUUAGACUUUCUCAAUGGAAAACCUAUUUGGACACGACUUAAUGUAAAGAAUUAUUGUGGAGUGUAUUCAUUGAACAUUGGAAUUGAUGCCAAAAUGUAACUGGCUAAUGUUUGUAGAUAUACAGUGAGGGAAAAAAGUAUUUGAUCCCCUGCUGAUUUUGAACAUUUGCCCACUGACAAAGAAAUGAUCGGUCUAUAAUUUUAAUGGUAGGUGUAUUUUAACAGUGAGAGACAGAAUAACAAAAAAAAAUCCAGAAACAAUUAUCAAUUGAUUUGCAUGACAAUGAGUGAAAUAAGUAUUUGACCCCUUUAACUUAAUACUUGGUGGCAAAACCCUUGUUGGCAAUAACAGAGGUCAGACGCAGGGCUGCCAUCAGAAAUUGUGGGGCCACUAACACAGCUCAAGGUCUGGGCCCCCAUGUGCAUGCCUCCAAGCCCCGCCUCCAAAUCCCACCCACAGGAAUACACACACACAGACACAGAAAGAUACACAGACACAGAAAGGACACAGACGCACACACACAUACACAGAAAGAUACACACAUACUAACAGACACAAAUACUGAAACAGACAUACAUACAUACAGGCAUACUGACACACACAUACAGAUAGAUAAAUAGACAGAUAUAUACAUACACAGAUACAUACUGAUAUAUACAUACAUACAUACUGACAUACACACACACGCACACAUACAUAUAGACACAUACAUACAGACAUACAUACUGACAUACACAUACAUACUGAUAGAUAUAUACAUACAUACAUACAUACACACAUACAGAUAUAUAUAUAUAUAUACAUACACAGAUACAUACUGAUAUAUACAUACAUACUGACAUACACACAUACAUACAGAUAGACACAUACAUACAGACAUACAUACUGACAUACACACACACAUACAUACUGAUAGAUAGAUAUAUACAUACAUACACACAUACAGAUAGAUAGAUAUAUACAUACACAGAUACAUACUGAUAUAUACAUACAUACAAACUGACAUACACACAUACACACACACACAUACAUACUGAUAGAUAUAUACAUACAUACACACAUACUGAUAGACAGAUAUAUACAUACAUACUGACAUACACACACAGACUUACAUACAUACUGACAAACAGACAUACAUACACAUCUCAUUUAUCAGCCACCCUCCUCUUCCUUACCUUUUCGUUAGGUGGCUGGGGAUGAUGGGAGCGGAUGCCUCUCCUCUCCUCGGCUGUCUCUCCCCCCGCGCGGAGUAAGCAGCACUUGCGGUACAGCAGCAGCACUUGCGGUACAGCCGCAAUUAUUUUUAAAGGGGACUGGUCGCGGUAUUACAUGGCUGCAGCGCUGACCAGGCCCCUGAAGAUAUAGGGCCGGGCCCACCAGGGCCGCCGGGCCCGUGACAACUGACAUGAAAUUCCAAAACUGACUGAUUGUUGCCUAAUAUAUUCUACCCCUGAUGGCGGCCCUGGUCAGACGUUUCUUGUAGUUGGCCUAAUAUAUUUUACCCCUGAUGGAGGCCAUGGUCAGACGUUUCUUGUAGUUGGCCACCAGGUUUGCACACAUCUCAGGAGGGAUUUUGUCACACUCCUCUUUGCAGAGCCUCUUCAAGUCCUUAAGGUUUCGAGUCUGACAUUUGGGAUUUUCUAUGGGAUUAAGGUCUGGAGACUGGCCAGGCCACUUCUAGCACCAGACCGAGGGAGACUGAAAGUUAUUUUGUGUUUCUUCCAUUUAUGAAAAAUCACACCAACUGUUGUCACCUUCUUACCAAGCUGCUUGACGAUGGUCUUGUAGCCCAUUCCAGCCUUGUGUAGGUCUACAAUCUUGUCCUUGACAUCCUUGUACAGUGCUUUGGUCUUGGCCAUUCUGUCUCUCACUGGUAAAAUACACCUACCAUUAAAAUUAUAGACUGAUCAUUUCGUUGUCAGUGGACAAACGUUAAAAAUCAGCAUGGGAUCAAAUACUUUCCCCCCUCACUGUAGCACAUUGAGAUCACUCCACACUGAAGUUUGUGAUAAACAAAAAUGUUAAAAAAAAGUUUUGGUAGAUAUUUUUCAUGCAUGUAUUAUUUGGGGUUUAACUGUAGUUUUUUAAGCCGUCCCCUUUUACCCCAGAAGAGACUAACAUCGAGAAGCCUUAGAAUCUGUGGGCGCGGUCGCGUCAGCUCAUGUGCUAGUGGAACCAGCAUGUGCACAAGCAGCUGAUCUGAAGUCUGUGGACGCAGGUCUGAGGGGGAGGAGACUAGUAGAGAGUACCUGCCACCUCCUUCUCAGGGCAACUAACGGAAGUAGAAAGCAAACCUCUCUGGUUGUCUAAUUGAGGUGUUCUAUAAUUUAAUUAUAAAAGUUUAGAUAUGUCACGAUGCUAGUGAUGGGUCAUCCCAUAUUGGAAUGGGACUGGACAACAAUAGCUGCCCAAUUGCCAUAUUUAUCCGAGUUACUAUUUAGGUUUUAAAACCUCCCCUAUACUUGUUUUUCAUAUUUUAAUGUGGUUGCACUGCCAAGGUCUUUUUUUUUUUUUAACUACUUGUUCGCGUGCAUCAAUGAGCCAGGUUCAUCGAUGUCCUUCCUUUUCACUUUUACAUUUUUCUUACCUUCCAGAACUGACUGAUUGUUGCCUAAUAAAUUCUACCCCUGAUGGCGGCCCUGGUCAGACGUUUCUUGUAGUUGGCCUAAUAUAUUUUACCCCUGAUGGAGGCCAUGGUCAGACGUUUCUUGUAGUUGGCCACCAGGUUUGCACACAUCUCAGGAGGGAUUUUGUCACACUCCUCUUUGCAGAGCCUCUUCAAGUCCUUAAGGUUUCGAGUCUGACAUUUGGGAUUUUCUAUGGGAUUAAGGUCUGGAGACUGGCCAGGCCACUUCUAGCACCAGACCGAGGGAGACUGAAAGUUAUUUUGUGUUUCUUCCAUUUAUGAAAAAUCACACCAACUGUUGUCACCUUCUUACCAAGCUGCUUGACGAUGGUCUUGUAGCCCAUUCCAGCCUUGUGUAGGUCUACAAUCUUGUCCUUGACAUCCUUAUACAGUGCUUUGGUCUUGGCCAUUCUGUCUCUCACUGGUAAAAUACACCUACCAUUAAAAUUAUAGACUGAUCAUUUCGUUGUCAGUGGACAAACGUUAAAAAUCAGCAUGGGAUCAAAUACUUUCCCCCCUCACUGUAGCACAUUGAGAUCACUCCACACUGAAGUUUGUGAUAAACAAAAAUGUUAAAAAAAGGUUUUGGUAGAUAUUUUUCAUGCAUGUAUUAUUUGGGGUUUAACUGUAGUUUUUUAAGCCGUCCCCUUUUACCCCAGAAGAGACUAACAUCGAGAAGCCUUAGAAUCUGUGGGCGCGGUCGCGCCAGCUCAUGUGCUAGUGGAACCAGCAUGUGCACAAGCAGCUGAUCUGAAGUCUGUGGACGCAGGUCUGAGGGGGAGGAGACUAGUAGAGAGUACCUGCCACCUCCUUCUCAGGGCAACUAACGGAAGUAGAAAGCAAACCUCUCUGGUUGUCUAAUUGAGGUGUUCUAUAAUUUAAUUAUAAAAGUUUAGAUAUGUCACGAUGCUAGUGAUGGGUCAUCCCAUAUUGGAAUGGGACUGGACAACAAUAGCUGCCCAAUUGCCAUAUUUAUCCGAGUUACUAUUUAGGUUUUAAAACCUCCCCUAUACUUGUUUUUCAUAUUUUAAUGUGGUUGCACUGCCAAGGUCUUUUUUUUUUUUUUAACUACUUGUUCGCAUGCAUCAAUGAGCCAGGUUCAUCGUUGUCCUUCCUUUUCACUUUUACAUUUUUCUUACCUUCCAGAACUGACUGAUUGUUGCCUAAUAAAUUCUACCCCUCGACAGGUGCCAUUGUAACAAUAUAAUGAAUGUUAUUCACUUCACCUGUUAGUUGUUUUAAUGUUGUGGUUGAUCAGUGUAGGUUUCACAAAUUUAUCAUUAUGACAAGUAAAGCAGAGGUCAGAGCUCAGCCUACUCACCCUGCUGGCCAGAAAGCCAGGCACCUACCAGCUAACUGGUAACGUUCCAAUGUCCUGUCCCAUUACCUAUUACAUUUUAUUAGUUUGUCAAACUGACAAAAUAUGGCUUUAAAGCAGCUCUGUCACCUACUAAGAUCCCCAGUUUAAGGAUUAUUCUGUCCAUCCCACCCCUCACAUAAUCUUUAUUGACCCCGUGAGAGGUGCAACAUAACUUUUUUAACAUUGUGCCUGUCCCGCCUGGCCUUUCAUGUAGCUGCCAUCUUGAAGUCUCCAAGAUCCGAUCCAACACUCCCAUAUUCUGCACUUCUUAGGAGGCAUGCACAUGAAAUCACAUGAAUUGUGAAAUCUAUCAUGAUCAACGCAGAGGUAGGAAAGUUAUACAUAAGGUAAAGAAGUCCUUACUUUUUCUCAUGUAUAACUUUAACAAUAAGCAUAAUUAAAAAAAAAAAAGGGGGGGGGCACAUGGGUUAGGGGUGGGGUAGAGAGGUAGGGGGAUGGGGGGGGGGAGAUAUUGGACAUGCGAAUGCGUAAAAUAAAAAAAGUGACCAAACGCCUUUAAUGAAGAUCUUGGAGAUCCCCUUUAAAGCCCUGUAUAUCUAGACCCAGUCAUAAUAUACAGAGAGCAGUCUUUGCAAUUGAAAUAGCUUGCACCUGGGGUGCAAGUUUGUAUCUAUACCUCCCAACUAUCCUUCUUUAGGAGAAACAGUUCCUAUAUUGAGCCCAAAUCCCUCUUCACGUCUAUUCUAUUCUAAUGUGCCUCUUUUGUAGGAUGUUUCUUUUUUUCAUAGUGUAUAACAAAGUUCCACAGCAUUAAUACUCACAAUAAUGUGUCUUUAAAAUGCAAUGUGUUUAAAAAUCAGUCAGUGUACAUAAGAUAGAGUGUUCUUGUUUUAAAUUUCAUUUUAGUUACAUUAAUUGUAAUUAGUAAGUCCCCUAAAAUUGCUCAGAAUAACCUAAAAAAUCCUAAAAUUAAAGGGACUCCCUAGUCUCCAGAACAACUACAGCUUAAUGUAGUUGUACUGGUGUCAGUAGUAGGUCAGUGCAGGCAUUUUCAUGUAUACACUGCCUCUUCAGAGAAAAAGCAAUGUUUACAUUACAGCCUAGGGGCACCUCCAGUGGUAGUCACUUACAUUCCCCAUAGAGAUGCAUUUCCAUAUGGAGAUGCUGAUUGGCCAACGCGGCAUUGUGCUGCAGGUGCACAUUAGCCUCCCAAUGCUACCCUAAGGGAAAGCAUUGGAUUGGCUGAGAUUGUCAAUUCUGAUGAUUUCAGCAAAGGAGGCGGACCCUCAUUGCUAACCCUAUCUCUAACCCUAUUUAAGAGGUUAAAGGGGCACCGGGCACCUAAUAUGUGUUUUUAACACUGUUUAAUACACGUUUGUAUUCCUGACCCUAUGGUGUUCCUUUGAUUGUCCCUCUUUGUCCAUUUGAAAUAUUGGGAGGUAUGUAAAUCUACUGGUUUAUGAUUGGGUGGUUUUCUUUAUCGUGCAUAGAGUGUCCCUUUAAAAAUGUAAACAACCACUUAAUUUCUACACAGUAGAGGGUCAUUAGCAUGUGAAAAUGUAAGCAAAUCAUGUAGUCAGGGAUGAAGGAUGAUUGUCAUGACAUACUAUUUAAUAAUCUACUCUGAUUUGUAUUGAAUUAUGAUACAAGUAAUUAUUAUUAGGCACUAUUAGUUCACAUUAUGUUUUCUAAUUGAAUAAUAGAUUGCUUAUAAUAUAAUCUGUGUAGGUGUGUAAAUAGUGAUUCAGGAAUAUAAUGAAUAUUAAUACAAGCUGUUACAAAGGUAUAGAGGAAAACAUAUGUAAUAUUGUGUCGUUAACAUGAGAAAUGUAAAAACUCAUAGCUAAUUUAAAUUCACUCCUGUUUUUCAUUGUCUUAUUAUUUAUUGUUUUAAACACCAAUAUAUGUAAGCUACUGUGAACAGAGAAUUACCAAAAUACUUUAGUAAAUUGAUUAACCAUAAUUACCUUUAUAGGAUUUGUAGUGUCUGCUACCAGUGGAGUUGCCAGCUGUCCCAUGUCCAGUGUACCCAAGUUAUUAUGUCAGAGGUUCUUCCUCUGCUGUCACCUGUGCUGGGGAUGAAGGACAUGAGAAUCAAUGUAUUAUUGUUGAAUUCCAAUAUAUACAGCAGAGUUUUAAUAGUCCCGUUUCUUGAAGUGGCAGGCCUUGGAGGGGAGAGGGGUCCACCCUGAGCAGCCUGUAUUGCUCUCCCUCCUCCCAUUUAUAAUAUUUUAGGUGGUCCUAAAGCCCUUAUUGAUUUGCAUGCAAUCAGCGGUGUGUGAUUGGACAGACUUGCUAGAAAUAAAAGAUAAUCUGUGUGUGAAGUUGGCGCUUAAAAAGACUUGCUAGUAAUGUCUGUCAAUGAACUAUAUUGGUCUCUGCACUCCUGUUCACAUAGAGCCGCUUCCUUGUGGUGUAUAUUUUAAAGAUGAUGACUAGGGAGUGAGAAGAGUAUUGAUGUUUUAGGCCCGCCCACUUUUUUAAAACAUAGCUGCCAACAUUCCUUGCCCACAUUCAUAGAAGAGUGCAGGUGUUAAGGGGGUGGGUCUGCCUUAAGGUUAAAGGACCCACCCUUCAAGUGCAUGGGCCUGUAUUCCUGACACUAUAGUGAUCCUUUAAUAGCAGGCAGAAGCUCCUGGUAUGCCGUCUGGGACAGAGAAAGAGGUGGAUAUAGUAAGUGUACAGGGGAGGGCUGGCAGCCUUAGGCCUGGGGGGCAAAACCAGUCAAGUGGCCCAUUGCACCACCAAAUCAGUUCACCAUCCAUGCCCACCUUUUCCUGGUUUUAUAACGGAUAUUGAUGUUAUGCUAAUCAGUAGCUCUUUGCCAUACCCGCUCCUUCACGGCUCCAGGCACUGCUUGUUGUGAGUGUGAGCCACUGUAAAUUAGGGGCAGAGGGCACUUGCACUGCGGUAAAGAUGGGGCUGGACAGGAGGAGAGUGCAGUGCAAUCAGUGCACUCCCCUCCUGUGGGUCACCAGUAGACUGGUGCACCUGCCCAGGAUCAGUGCCGGUGCAAGGAGUUUUGCCGCCCUAGACAAAAUAAAAAUUUGCUGCCCCCCCAUGUGACAUCACAAUGCCCCACCCAUAUGAACUAACGCCAGUGCUGCACACAGUGUGUGUUUACAUUAAAAAGCCUGCAGGGACCAGCUAUAGACACCAGAACCACUUCAUUAAGCUAUAGUGUCCCUUUAAUGUGAGGUACAUUAUAGAUUAGUGUCACUAACUAAUAUACUAGAUUGCCUACUUACAAGCAGAUGAGGAUGAUGAUGGGCUGCAGUUUGGCUCCACUGGUCUGGUGUAGAACAGGAUCUCUGGAGGCUGUUUGCAGCUGUGGUCACAAAAUUCAAUGUUCUGGGAGAAUUGGAAGCAGCUCCAUUUUUUGGGGCCCCUUACACAGCUCAAGGUCUGGGCCCCAGGGCCUGACGGUGAGUAUGCCCAUAAGGCCCACUCAUAAGUUCCACCCACCCAUGAGUUCGCUCACAGGGAGUGGAGUGUGUAGGGGAUGUGUUAUGUGUUAUUGUAGAGGAUCUAAUAUGUGUGCUUAUGGUAUGUAGUGUAUAGGGUUACCAGUUUGUGCAGGUGAUGUAGUGUGUUUGUGUGUAGUGGAAGCAGUGUGUAUUUGUGUAUAAGGGAUGUAUUAUGUGUUUCUGGUUGUGUGUAAGGGAUGCAUUGUGUGAAUCUGUGUUUGUAUGCAUAAGGGAUGCAAGGUGUGUGUCUGUAUGUGUGUGCAUUGAGUGUAAGAGAUGCAUUGUGUUUCUGUGUGUAUGUAAGAAAAGAAGUGUGUGUGUUUGCAUGUGUGUGUAUGGGUUUGCAUUGUCUGUUUCUGUGUAUGUGUGCAAAGGAUGCAUUGUCUUUGUGUGUAAGGGUUGCAUUGUGUGUGUGUGUGUGUGUGUGUGUAAUGGAUGCAUUGUGUGUUUCUCUGUGUGUAAGGGAAGCAUGUUGUGUUUGUGUGUAUGUAUAGGGAUGCAUUGUGUGUGUGUGCGCGCGCGUAGUGUGAAAGAGCUCCCUGUCUUGGCCCCCUGUCCUAUAGAGCUGCCCCUUCUGUCCCGUAGAGCUCUCCCCUGCACCUUAGUGGUCUCUCCUCUCCCCCACCCUCCCCUAGCGGUCUCUUCUCACACUCACCCACCCUCCCUGUGCUCUUCUCACUCCUCCCUCUAUGUGUUCUCCUCACACCCCCUGUGUUCGUCUUACCCCCCUCCUCCCUGUGUUCUUCAUACUUCCCCCCUUGGUCGUCUUACUCCCCCACCUGUUCUUCUUAACCCCCCUUCUUCUUAUUGCUCCCCCUUCUUCUUCUUACCCCCCUUCUUCUUCUUCCUCUUCCUCCCUUCUUCUUUCUUACUCCCCCCAUUUCUUCAUACUCACCCUUCUUUCUUACCCCCCUUCUUCUUCUUACUCCCCACUCUUCUUCUUACCUCCCCUUUUUUCUUAUCACCCUUCUUCUUCUUCUUACCCUCUUUUUCUUAUUCCCUCCUCUACUCCGCCUCUCCCCUUUUCUUAUUCCCCUCUCCUCUUACUCCCUCCUCUUUUCUUACUCCCUCCUUUUUCUUACUUCCCCCUCUUUUUUCUUCUUGCUCCCCCCUCUUCUUCUUCUUACUCCCCUCUUCUUCUUCUUACUCCCCUCUUUCUUACUCCCCCAUCUUCUUACUCCCAUCUUUCUUACUCCCCCUUCUUCUUCUUACCCCCUCUUUUUCUUAUCUCCCCUCCUUCUUACUCCCCUUUCUUCUUCUUACCCCCUCUUCUUCUUUUUACACCCCCUUCUUCUUUUUACACCCCCUUCUUCUUCUUACUCCCCCCUCUUCUUACUCCCCCCUCUUCUUCUUAUUACCCCCUCUUCUUCUUACUCCCUUUCUAUUCCCCUUUUAUCCUCUCUUUUCCUCCCUCUUCUUAUUCUCUCCUCUUAUCCCUCUCCUCUUCUUUUUGUAUUCCUCCCUCUUCUUAUUAUCCCCUCUUUCUCCUCCCUGUUUCUACUCUCUCCCUUUUUUUCCCUCCUCUUUCUACCCUCCCUCCUCUCUAUCAGGUGGCCGGCACUCCGUCUCGUGGCCGCCGGCCGAGGAUAGGAAGGUGCACACUGGUGCACUUCCUGUCAGUUCGUCGGUUACAGGAAACAGAAACUCGCGGAACAGGAGUUUUCAGCUUAUCAACGUCGAUUGACAGGAAGUACUUCAGUGUGCCCUCUAUUACUCCGCCGUGAAGUGGCAACCGCGACGGGAGGCAGCUCGCAACUUGCCAGGGCUCGGUUUAACAGAGCGCUCAGGCGGCUGCAGUAUUUAAAGGGCCGGCCCGCCGCGGCCGGCCUUACAGGAAUUUAGGGCGGCCUGGGGGGCAAUUGCCUCCCUGCCCCCCGGCCCAGCCCGCCCCUGUAAGUGUAGCAGAAAGGGGACAUGCCACAGUGUUAGAGAGACCGAAGCAGCAAGAGCAUUUUCACAGUGUUAUGUUAACUUUUAUAGUAAGUCAGUCCAUACAAGUUUUGUUCACUUGCAACCCUCCUAAGUUAAUACCCUCUGUACAAAGCAAGAUCAUGUGAAGAUUAGUAAAAAAAAAAACAAUCGUAUUGUAACCGUGUAAGCAUGCAGAAGCCGAACACAGAGAGAUGGACACAGGUAUUCAGGAAGUAAGAGGCCUUUAUUUACGUACCGAUCGGGUCUCAGAUGGACUAACGUUCCACAACAGAUCUGAGCCCUGAGCACAUAGAGUACAUUCCUUAUAUAGCACUGCAGCUCCUCCCAUAAUUAGCUACGCCCACACAUACCCUUAACCAAUCAAUGAACAGAGUCUAAACUCGUCCAUCCGGUCUAACCAUGUGGCACAUCUGAAACAAAGGAGAAGGACGUGUAAUUCCAGUUUCUGCAUUCCUGCACAUGCCCAGUACAUUGAUGACAGUAUCUUAGCUACGUGUAACUAACUAACUGAUACUACAAACACAUGUACCUACAUAUGCCCUGUGGCAAUCUUAGCCUACUAAGCUUUUAUUUUACUGGAAUUCCAUCAAUUUCCCCCCUUUGAUGCUUCUGAUUUAAAAUAAUUCCAGAUGCAUCACUAAUCAUAGUUUGCCAACACCUCUCAAGUAGCCAUGAACCAGAACAGACCUUGUAAGCAUCCUUGGCAUAUUCUUUUAGCAUUCCCCAUCCUGAAUAUGCUCUCUCUGGGCUAAAGGUUCAUAUUUACAGACAGCCAUUAUAUGGGCAGCUGUCUUCCUCUCAAUAGUGCUGUCUAUAACACUUCGUAUGGACCUGACCACUAAUGGAAUUAAGCAGGGCAGAAAGAGACACGAAUAUAAUAAAUACUACUCCUCCUACUAAUGCCUUAAUCCCUCCAAGCUGCUCAUACCAACUUCCAAACCAACUACUUGGGUUAUACCCACUCCAGACCUGAGUAGGUACAUGUGCAAGUUUAACCAUGUGACUGGUAAGUUCAGCCACUGCCUGCCCUUCAUCAUCUAUGUGCAGACAACAGUUACUUAGAUUAAACUUCCCACAUACACCUCCCUCUACUGCUAAUAAGUAGUCCAAAGCUAAUCUAUUUUGAUAGAUGGCUGAUCUCAUUCGGGUAUUAUGUUUAGCUAGGAGAUUGAGCGCUUGUGCUGUCUCAUUGAUGAUAAUCUCAACCACCGCCUGUAGUCUUAUAAUACGAUUAAGCAUAUAUAUUGGAGUUCUAUAUCCAUAAGUACCAUCUUCUGCCCAUGUAGCCGGUCCAUAAUAAUUAAUAAUACGUUGGGGAGGCCACUCAUCAUCUUCCCAGCUACCUAUAUUCAAAGAUGCUCGCUUCUUUUUAUGAUUCACAUCAUAAACCUUAACUCCCAAGGUCUCUCCUGUUUCAAUUGGCAACAAGAAGAAGGAUGGUUUCGGUAUUCGGAGUUACCAGUCUUGUGGUAACUCCGAAUAUGCCUUCUUACCAGUCUUGUGGUAACUCCGAAUAUGCCUUCUUACCACAAAUCCAGUACAGAUUUGCUGGGGCUCUCCAAUUGGAUGUAGCAGAUAAAUCAAACCAUAUCUCUUUCAAAUUAGUGUAAUUGGCAAAUGGUUUAGUACGUUCUGAGACAUUUGAAGCUGACCACCAAGUAAUAUAUUUUGUAUUAUCAUUAGCCUUUAGUCCCAAACAUGUUAACCCACCUACAGAUGUAUUAUACAUUAUCCCUUUCCUAGCUAUACAAACAUGACCUAUAAUGGAGGUUUUUAACCGCCAUUCUGAUUUACCUCUAGUACUCACUUGGUGAUCAGACUGAGAAAGUAUCUGUUGUUCAUCUGUCUCAGAACCAGGGUACCAUGCCUCCUUUGCUUCCCAUGGCCACUGGUCUCCCAUGUAAGUACCUCCACAUACAAAACAGUUAGUUACAUUAAGACUACCUGCAAUAAUGUCAGCUAAAUCUACAAAUAGGUUCUUAACAUUAUGGGGAAUUUUAUCCUCAAUACUCAUCUCCUCAUAGAAUGAAUGAAAAACCUGAUGAGUUUGGGUUGCUACUGUCUCAGUUUCAAUGCCUACAUAUAUAAUAGCCCCAGGAUCCAACCCUGUUCCGUAUAUUUGGAACCCAAAUAGAUUUCCAAACUUGUCCAUGAAGUGUUGCGGAUUAGAAAUGGUCAUAUGAACCGGAUUACACUCCAUAGACUUACAAUAUGGUGUGGUAGGCAACCUUUGGAUAAUCAUAUCUUGGUCUACUGUUUUACCCCAGGUUGCCCACCCCACACAAGACCAAUAUGGACAGAAAUUAAAAUCUCUAUUUGGGCAAUCAGGAUCAGUAGAUCUUUUACUGGGACAUAAAUAUUUGUCAUUGAACCCAUAAGUUCGUUCCCACUUUAAAUUACCACAUACAUUCCAAGGUUUUCCACUACCCGAGAUCGCCUUACAUGCAUCAAAUAGUAGAAUACCCGUAGAAUGUAUGGUACUUAUCACCGUCCUAUUUAUCAAGGUCCCCUGAGAGUUGCUAUUCUGAAUUACCAACCAAAUUGUACAGGGUUGGAAUUGGGGAUCAAAACAUUUGGGCUCUCCUUCUUCAAUAUAUCCAAAUAUCUACAUUAAGAUACAGACCCCUUACAUUCAUACUGUGAGUGCCAAAUAAGAGUUUGAGAUAUUUGAUUACCUGUCUUAGUAGUCUUAAUGCAACUAUCACAAUUCUGUAUGUCUGUACUCUUACCUCCCUGAAAAUUUAUAACAACACAUACACAAUAAAAUGUAUUAUUCCUGGUAUCCUCAUUCUUGUUUCUUCGACCAUGUGACGGCACUUCAGCUUCCCGACUGUGAGGGCUGCAAGGAUUGACGUUCUUCUGAUCCUCACUUUCCUUCAUAGAGAUCUCUUUGAGACACUCUGACUUAUGACACGUAGGCAGAUGGUCAGGCUUUAUUAUGGCCGUCAAAACACCUACUUGCUGAUCUCAAAAUAAUACUUCCAACCACGAUGUCCCAAUACUUCGCACUCACUCCGACUGAAUCACCCGCUUUAACCGGAUCUUACAAGGAUUUUCAGAAUCUGGAAUGGCUUUCCAAGAGUCUGCUGCUGGUUUAACCCUAGAGUGAUGAAUCCACGGAGUCACUUCUGCCACCUUUACAGCUGUUGGAGUGGACAAAAGAACAACAUAAGGACCUCUCCAUUUCGGACCUAAUAGAACACUAUUCCAUUCUUUUAUCCACACUUGAUCUCCUGGAUGGUAAGAAAAACAGGUGGAUAUAUGUUCACAGGUAACCUAUCUUGUACCCAAUUCUGUACUUCUACCCAACUCUACAACCUGCUGCCAAGUAAUUCCUUCACCCAACUGACUCAAAUCCCCCCUUAGAUUACUGAGUAUAGGAGGUGGACGCCCAUACAUAAUUUCAAAAGGAGACAGACCCAUUCUCCUGGUUGGAGUACUACGUAUGCGCAACAGAGCUAUUGGCAAAAGAACAUUCCACUUAAGCUGGGUCUCUUGACACAUUUUUGCCAACUGGGUUUUUAUAGUUCUGUUCAUCCUUUCCACCUUCCCAGAACUCUGAGGUCUAUAUGCUGGAUGAAGUUUCCCCUUAAUACCAAGCAAAUGAGUCAGUUGUUGUAGGCACUGAUGAAUAAAGGCUGGGCCAUUAUCUGAUCCUAUAGAGCACGGGAGUCCAUAUCUGGGUAUGACCUCUCGCAACAGGAAUCAUAAAAAUUCUCCUGCUUUUUCCGUACGGGUUGGACAAGCUUCUACCCAACCUGAGUAGGUACACACAGCUACCAACAGAUAACUAUAUACUCCAGAUUUAGGCAUUACCGUAUAAUCUAUUUGCAGAUCUGACAUGGGGAGUCCUCCCAUAUACUGGACCCCUGGAGGUUUAACAGGGCCUUGUCUUGCGUUGUUAUUUGCACACAGAACACAUCUUCGAACAAAGGCUUGAGUUAGAUUGGAUAAUCUCGGCAUAUAGAAAUGUUUUCUGAGAGUUUCUUCCAUACUAUCUCUUCCUAAAUGUGUGCCAUUGUGGAAGUUCUGAACAAUCUCUAUAGCCAGAGAUGUCGGAAUGACUAUUCUUCCAUCUUCUAACUGAUACCAAUUGUUCUCCAAAUAUUUUCCUGCCUCAGUCUUCAACCACUCCAUCUCUUGAGUUGUAUAAAUUGGAGUCCAUUGAGACAAAGGGGCUGGCACAAGGACAGCGACGUACCCCACAUUCAGCAGCACGCUUAGCCGCACUGUCUGCCAUACGAUUUCCUCUUACCACAUCACUAUCGCCUCUCAGAUGUGCUCUACAAUGUAUAAUACCGACCUCCUUUGGCUUCCAUACUGCUUCCAAUAGUUGAAGAAUUUCAGCUGCAUACUUAAUUCCUUUCCCUUCUGAAUUCAACAACCCUCAUGCUCCAUGGGCAUGAGUGGUUAAAAAUGCAUAAUUUGAAUCAGUAUAUAUGUUCACCUUCAACCCUUCAGCCAAUUGCAAGGCCCGUGUCAAUGCAAUCAAUUCUGCCUUCUGUGCUGAUGUUCCUUUUGACAGUGGCCGUGCCUCUAUCACCUUGUCUAUAGUUGUUACCGCAUAUCCUGCAUAGCGAAUUCCUUCUUUCACAUAGCUACUACCAUCCGUAUAAUACUGUACAUCUGGGUUCUGGAUGGGAAAGUCAUGAAGGUCCGGUCGGCUUGUAAACACCUCAUCCAUUAUCUCCAAACAAUCAUGUUGAUUUUCAUUAGGUUGUGGCAAAAGGAUAGCUGGAUUCAGGGUAUUAACAGUCUCAAGGUGUACUCUUGGAUUUUCACAUAGCAUGGCUUGAUAUUUAGUCAUUCGGCUAUUACUGAACCAAUGAUUACCUUUGUAAUCCAAUAGAGUCUGUACUGCAUGAGGUACUCGCACGUAGAGUUCCUGUCCCAGUGUAAGCUUGUCAGCUUCUGCUACCAACAGGGCAGCCACGGCCACUGCUCGCAGACAAGGUGGAAGACCACUAGCCACUGCAUCCAACUGUUUGGACAUGUACGCGACAGGUCGUUGCCAUGAUCCCAAAUGCUGAGUUAGUACUCCCACAGCCAUUCUUUUUUGCUCAUGUACAUACAGAUAGAAUGGACGUGUAUGAUCAGGUAGACCUAGGGCUGGGACACUCAUUAGUGCUUUCUUGAUAUCCUCAAAUGCCUUCUGCUGUUCAGUAGUCCAUAGGAAGGGGUCAUAUUCUGUGCCUUUUAUAGCUCCAUUUAAGGGUUUCGCCAAUAUCGCGUAAUUAGGAAUCCAUAUCCUGCAGAAUCCUGCUGCUCCUAAGAAUUCUAGCACCUGUCUUCUAUUCUUAGGUAUCGGUAUCUGACAUACCACUUCUUUCCUUUCAGGUCCCAUUAUCCUUUGACCUUCAGAGAUAUGGAAUCCUAAAUACUUGACAGUUGACUGGCACAAUUGCACUUUCCUCCUAGAUAAUUUGUAUCCUGCCUUUCAGAGAAUUUGAAGUAGAUCAUAAGUUGCUUGUUGGCAUAUCUCUUUAGUAAUUGCCGCUAUCAACAAAUCAUCCACAUACUGAAGUAAUACACAUUCUCCUGGGAUGGACUUGAAAUCUUGCAGGUCCUGGCUUAAUGCGGAUCCAAAUAGGGUGGGUGAAUUCUUGAACCCUUGAGGUAAUCUAGUCCAAGUCAUCUGACACUUUGAACCCGUAAUAGCAUCUUCCCAUUGGAAGGCAAAGAUACACUGACUUUAUGCAGAAAUUCGAAGACAAAAGAAAGCAUCCUUGAGGUCUAAGACUGUAAAGUAUGUUGCCCCACCUGGUAUCAAGGCAAGCAGAUUAUAAGGGUUGGGUACAACUGGGUGCAUAUUAACUACCGCAUCAUUAACUGCUCUUAAAUCUUGUACAGGAUGAUACUCAUCUGAUCCUGGCUUCUGAAAAGGUAACAAUGGAGUAUUCCAGGGGGAAGUACAGAAUUUUAGGAUACCAUACCUUACGAACUUAUCCAAGUAGGUCUGUAUGUUUCUCUUUGCCUUUUGGGGUAUAUGGUACUGUUGUAGACUCACGGGAUAAGCCCCAAGCUUCAACUCAAUACGUAUAGGUGGAAUAUUAUGGGCAAGCCCUAGUGGAUUAUUUUCUGCCCAUACUCCUGGAAUGUCAAAUUUAGGAUUUACACUUGUCAUUAUGGUAUAGAAGCGCCUUUCUUCUUCCCUUGGCACCGAUAUUGCCAUUAUGCCCGAUAAUCCAUUAAACUUCAGGGAUGUCGAUCCAUUGGGUAAAAAGGUUAUCUGGGCUUGAAGCUUUGAUAAUAAAUCUCGUCCCAGAAGUUGGAUUGGACACUCAGGCAUAUAUAGAAAUUGGUGCUUCACCAAAUGGCCUCCCAGAAUGCAAGUGCGACUCUUAAGAACCGGUCUAGCAGUGCUCUUCCCAGUUGCUCCUAUUACUGUAAUGGUUUUUCCUGAUGGAGAAGCAACUAAUUUAGUCACCAGGGAAUAUUCAGCCCCAGUAUCGAUCAUGAAAGGACUUCUCUUUCCCCCUAUUGCUACAUCGACCAUAGACUCCGCUCGGCCAAGGGGGAUGGAGUCCGGUCGGUAUCAACUCCUCUAUUCAUCUCCCUUCCCGGUCUCUCUACACUAGCAAUAGCUACCGCUAGCAUAUCUGCCUUCUUCCUUAUUUUACGUUCUUCUUCCCUCUUUGUCUCUGUUUCUCUGUUCAUGUAUACCUUAUUCGCAAUCUCCAUCAACUGUGAUAUUGACAUCCCUACAAAUCCCUCAACUUUCUGCAACACCGCAGCCGUCUUUGACAUUUGAUUGCCUUUUUCCCUCCUGCCUUCAUGCCAGCAAUAAUGGCUUCCCUAUAAGCUCUUAAAUGGGGCAUAUCAGCGCCAUUAACAUUCCAAUUCAGAUCCACAUUCGGGUAAUGGGCUGCAGCCCAUGCAGCUGGAUUGGCCUGGUUCUGUACACGGGCUGCUUCCUCAAGCGCUUUAAUAGCCGCUUGAUUGAUCCGAGUCCUUUCCUCAUUAUUAAAUAAAGUCAAUAAUAAUUGCUGGCAAUCAGCCCAAGUAGGAUUGUGGGUUUGUAUGAUCGAGGCAACCAAAUCUGUCAUGGCUUGAGGCUUAUCAGAGUACGAAGAAUUAUGUGUCUUCCAAUUAAAUAAGUCAGUCGUAGUGAAAGGAACAUAAACAAAUACAGGGUCUGCAUGUUGCAAUUGACCAUUAUCGUCAAGGUGUGUUGGGCCCUGUGUAAGUCGGAGAGGCAUUUGGUAAUGUCGGGGUUGGAGGGUACCAGUCAUCUGUCUGGUUAAUACAGGGCUUCGGUGAGGUUAUUUAAUAUUAAGUUCCGGUCUAGGGGUAAUGAGACAAGGGGAUGGGGACAACUGAUUUUUACUGAAUGAAAGAUCAGUUAACAGGAUAUUCCGGGCCAGGCUGGGAGGAGCCUGACCAGGAACCAGAAAUGAUGUCAAAUCCGGAUAGGUAGAAUUAAUGGAGGUAGGUACCGGAAGGGGAGGGCUUAAGGUGAGUGGGCUGGGCUCUGAGCUGGAUGAAUGAGUGGGAGGAGACACUAGGGUAGGGGGAGUGGCAACACCGGCAACACCUGCUCUAGCCUUGGUGGAGGAGUAAGGAGGUGGUAGAGGAAGCUCAGAUUCAUGGGGCAUAUCUAAAAUGGGCAGAGUUACGGCCCUGAUGGACAGGCGAGUCCUGGCCAUCAUGAGGCGACAUUGCUCAUCGUGGCAUACUUUAAUCCAUUUAGGCAAUCCUUCCACAACCUGUUUCCAACAAUCAAUAUACGGAAACUGAUCAUAAAAUUCAGGCCUACUAGAUACAGCCACGUGUACACGCUGCACUAGAUUUGGAUCAAGACUACCACGUGGAGGCCAUGCGGUCACCAAAAUAGGCUAUUCUCUGCUACACAAUGUAGUCAGACGUUUUGGGGAUAAUUUUACCCCAAAAUCACAAACCUUGUAUCCCUUUGCGAAAUUAUCUAGCAUGCAUGACAAGGGAUCAACGAUCUUUGAAUCAGACGCACCCAUACUUAGCAACGGAGCGGUGAAUUCAAAGAAACACAACAAACACACUACCAGCAGUCGCACCUGUUUCCCUGGCAACAGCACCACGUGGUACAGUUACUAGGCCAAACACACACAAAAACACAGCGCUAACAUGACGUCUUCACACACGAAAAUUCACCAAACACUAGAUACUCAUCACUGUAACUAUAAAUCAAACCCUGCAACCAUCCAUGCAGUAAAUCAACUUUCAAUUACCUGACUAUAACACACUCCAGUAACAUCGUCUUUACAAUCAGUAGUUAUAGUACGGUUAGCAAGUGGUUAUGGUACAGUUUUAGAAUCACAGGUCGAUUUGUAACAGUUAUGGUGUUACACAUAUAACAUAAAACAACAGAUUGUUAGUAGUUAUAUACAAUACACAAUGUCAGUAAUUAUAAUACACGUUAGUGGUUAUGGUACCGUGCACUAUUAUACAGUUAUACACACAAUUUACACUCCCGCUAGAUGGCAGAGCUCAAGCUUUCUAGCAGGACAUACAAUUUAACCAAUACACCAACUUACCAACUACAGUAUAUCUAACAAUUAUUUACAAUAAUUCCAACUAUUCUAAUUGGCCAGUACCUCGAGAACUAUCGAACAAUUUACACCAAGGUUCGGUUAGUCUACGCUGCCCAAGCACCACAUAUAGCGAACUAGUGAGUGGAAUUUACAACAGGACUCAUUUAGUCUAUUUACUCUAUCAAUAGUCUAGUGCAGGGGUAGGCAACCUUUUAGCAGCACUGUGCCGAUAUAGGAUAGUGAUGUCCCGUGGCGUGCCGGUCCUAUUUUUUUUAAAUUGUAUUAUGUUUGCUGCUGUAUUCUGCUUGUGUUAUUUUUACUGUAAUUGCUUUGUAUCGUUGUAUUUGUGCAUAUUUGAGCUAUUAUAUUGUAUAUGUUUAUGAGUAGUUUAUGGUAUUGUGUAUGAUACAUAUGAAUGUGGGCUGUGUAUGGGGGCUGCUUGUGGAAUUGUGUGGAUGGAUAUGUCACAUUGUGUGUUUGGUAGUGUGUGGGGGCUGUUUAGGGUAUUGCAUGUGAGAGGCUGCAUGUGGGGUUGUGUGCAUGUAUGUGGAUUGUCAGUGAUGUUGCGUUUAAGCGGAUUGUGUGUAUGUUUGUGUGUGGGCGGUCCGUAUUAUUUGUAUGAGGGGAGGGUUAUUCUGCAUUUCUGUGUAUAUCUAGCAGUGUGGGUGGCUUCCCUGGGUUCCAGCGGGGACCAGGCCGGCCAGAUGCAGGUCAAGGACAGGAGCUGCUCUACUACAGUGUGGAUUCCCAUUCAGGUCAAGGAGAGCAACUGUGAGCUGCUCUACUACAGUGUGGAUUCCCAUUCACAAGUGCUGGAAUGAAGUGCUCUGAGAUCACUUCCUCUACGUGCUGCAAUGCAUAAAUUGAGGAUUGUCCUUCACCACCUCUUCGUAUUAACAGAUAUCUGCAGUUUUACUGGGACUCCUGAUAAGCCAGAGCCUGUUUGGCUCUAGUAGCUUUGAGUGCUGUGCAAAGGCACCUCGAGUGCCGUGCAAAGGCACCUCAAGUGCCGUGCAUGGCACUAGUGCCGUAGGUUGCCUAGUGGUUGCCUAGUGGUUGAAUUUACACGCCUUCCACUUAGCCAAGAUAGGUUGAGAUCUAGCAGACAGAAUGUACACCAGAAUCUGCUUAGUCCCCCGACCUAGCGACCAAAAUUUACACUAAGAUACACUAGUCAAGACAGGACACCUGAACUAUUUACACCAAAAAUUCAGCCUGACCCAAACCACCUGCAUUAGAUGGGCUGACUACAGAGCGUCUAAUUUCCAAUAAGCGGUGCGCCUUAGCUUCUUCCAAAUAUAAAACCCCUUGUGGGCCUACCGCUCUAACGGUAUCAGUCUUACCUCUUCGUUCCUGAACCUGGGCUUCACACUCAUUGACGGAGCACCCCGGUACUCACUGCGCAGAAGCCGAUGAUCUCCUGGACAAAAGACCAGUGGCGCCGAGACGAAAGGAGGUCCAAGCAGAAGUCCAGGGGUGCUGCCGUGGAGAACGUUGGUAAAGAUCUACCGUCUCACGUCUCUGAAAUUGUUAAAACUCUUCUCUUAUAAAACAGCUUUAAAAAAAUUAAAAUAAAUACACAAAACCGCUUGAGUCUAACAAACUCUCAUUCUUUCCAUCAUGAAAUAUACAGAGCUAAAACAUUUAAACCUGCUGUUGCACUGCUAAUGAUUCAUUGCUUUGUAGAAAGAACACAAAUGUCCUGAUAAAGCAGAGUUAAACAUACAGUUGUCAGUUAAUAAAAUAAUAGAGUGUGGGAGAAUUUAAAAACAACUAAAGUACAAUAUAUCAUUUGCUUCAUUUAUUUUUCCUUAUUUUGUAGUUAAGGUGAUGUGUGUGUCCAGCUUGUAGCUUUGUCCUGUACCCAGGGCCGGCGCCACCUAUAGGUGAAGUAGGCGCCGGCCUAGGGCACACGUUUGGAAGGGGUGCCCUGCGUACGCCUCUUCACGCGGCGCUUGCAGACGUGGAACCGGAUCCCCAACGCUGGCCCAAGGUAAGCCUCAGGGAGGGGGAAGAAACAUUAAAAAAACUUUUUUUUUAUAUAUACGUGUAUAUAUAUAUAUAUAUAUAUAUAUAUAUUUAUUUAUUUAUUUUGUAACAUUUCCCUAAAGUCCCAACCCUCACUACUGCCCCUAACUCACUACCACCAACUACUACCUCUAAUCCCAUCCUAUUGCCCAUAACCACCCACUACUGCCCCUAAUCCCCUACCCCCUACUAAUCCCCUUAUCCACACCCUACUGCACCUAACCAUCUACUAAUGUCCAUGACCAUGACCACUCACUACUACCCUUAACCCCCUACUAUUGUCCCUAACCACCCACUAAUGCCCCUAGCCCUGUACUAAUAUCCCUAACCAGCCACUACUGUCACUAAUCCCCUACUACUGCCCCUAACCACCAACUACUGCCCCUAACCCCCUUCUAAUGCCCCUAACCACCCACUACUACCCCUAACCCUCUACUAUUGCCCCUAACCACCCACUACUGCUCCUAACCAUCCACUACUGCCCCUAACACCACACUAUUGGCUCUAACCCUCUACUACUGCCACUAACCCCCUACUAUUGCCCCUAACCACCCACCACAGGUCCUAAUACCCUACUGUUGCCCCUAUCCACCCAUCACAGGUCCUAACCCCCAUUACUGACCCUAAUCCCCCACUGCAGGUCCUAACCCCACACUAUGCAUCCUGAUGUCUUACUACUGCCCCUGCCCCCCUACCGCUACCCCUAGCCCCCUACUACUGCCCCUAACCACCCACUACUAUCCAUAACCCCCUACUGCUGCCCCUAACCAUCCACUACUACCCCUAACCCCCUACUAUUGCUCCUAACCACCCACUACUGCCCCUAACUACCCACUAAUCCCCCUAACCCUCUACUAAUGCCCAAACCACCCACUACUGCCCCUUAUCACCCACUACUGCCCCUAACCACCCACUACUGCCCCUAAACACUCACUAAUGCCCCUAAACACUCACUAUUGGCCCUAACCCUCUACUACUGCCACUAACCCCCUACUAUUGGUCCUAACCCUCCACUACAGGUCCUAAUCCCCUAGUAUUGCCCCUAGCCACCCAUCGCAGGUCCUAACCCACCAUUACUGACCCUAAUCCCCCACUAUGGGUUCUGACCUCUUACUACUGCCCCUGCCCCCUUACCACUACCUCUGCCCCAUAUCACUACCCCUGACCCCCUACUACUUCCCCUUACCUCCUGUUACUGCCCUGACCCCCCACUGCAGGUCCUAACCUACCACUUUAGCCCCUAACCCCUUACUUCAGCCCUUAACCCUCCACUUCAGCUUCUAACCCAUCAUUUAAUCCUCUAUCCACUAACUACAACCCUUAACUCCACACUCCAGCCCCACUGCAGCCCCUAUCCCCCACUGCCUCUAACAUCCACUACUGCCCAUAACAUCCACUACUGCCCCUAUCCAUCACUACAGCCCCUUACCCUGACUGCUGCCUUUAAACUCCUCUACCCCCAUCUAUAUUGGGCUGAGGGGGAACUAACUUGAAUCUUUCUUCCCAUCUUGUACUAAAUGGAAAUUCCACUACUUUCUACAUAAAUUUCCCACAACAUUCACAGCUGCCCAAACGUAUCACUCACAGCUUCACUUUCAGCCACCCUACACAACACACACGCCCACACCACAAAUCCACUUAACAUUUUUACAAAUAUUCAUACCCCAAUGAAAUGGGCUGCCCAUGCCUAUGCACACAUGUGGUGGCUUUACUGGAGUCUGGGCAAAUAAGCUGCCCAGGCAGACCCAGCAAAGAGCAUUAAUACUGGCCAGAUGGUCAGACUGCUGUAAAUCCUCAGGGAUUGGGCAUAUGUGAUGUCAUGACAUGGGCGGAUCAUAUGGGUAGGACAUUGCGAUGUCACUACAUGGGGGAGCGGCAAAUAAUUUUUUUUGUCUAGGGUGGCAAAAAUCCUUGCACCGGCCCUGCCUGUACCGGACAGCACCAUUGAACAUAUGAUAAAGACAGAAGAACAGCAUGUACAUCAACAAACUGCAAACCUAAUUUACAUGUGUGUUGAUGCUCAUUACCUGAGAUGUAUUUGUUCUGUUUGGUGACAGAUAAGUACAGUUAUACUGUAACAAAACAGCCGAGAGACUAUUUUACAGUUGAUACACAAGAGCAAACACAAGAUAGGCCUGACAAUUCUUGGCCUGAGUGACAAAUACAAAUGAAUGGCCAUUUUUGUACACAAAUCUCACAUGGACCCUAUCCAUAAAGAGCAUACGUAGUAUGGGUUUGACAGAUAGCAGCUGUUGAAGUUGCACGGUGUGGCAUCAUAUAUCCUCGCAACCUUCUCAGUUCACAUGCGCAGCAAUGACAACAUAUUCACAGAUCUGUGCAUGUCUAACAUAAGUAGAUUCUGUUUCCUGCAACCCCAUUGCAACCAAUAAAGUCCAAUGUGUUUUACGAAAGUGAUGAGCCCUGUCUCAUCUCACCUUAAGACCUCCUAGGUCAUUAAACAUAUUUAGCCCCAGAAUCCUCAGUCUCCAUGGAAAUAUCCAUUAUCCUCAGUUCAGACAUGAAGAACAGGUCCUGAUCCCAUUAAUAAAUUCAUACAGUGCCAGGGUAAAAAAUUCUGCACAUAUCCUGAUCAGUGUCUCACUCCUGUGUCCCUUACCAGACCUCCCCUUGGCAAACAUUCAUUUGUUCUUGUGUUUGUGAGACUAAAAUAGGACAGAUAGUAUUAUUUAAAAGAAAAGUGUGUAGCCAGUUAAAAAUGCCUCCCCCUAAAAAAAAGACCCAAUCUAUACCAUAAAAAAGAUUAUAAAUUAUACCAAUUUAGUCAAAAGUGGCCACUAGUAAAACUAACUAUAAUCAAUCUACAAAUGCUGAAAAUUUUAAAAAUUGGAAAAACAAUGUUAAAAAGUAUAAGCGUAAUAACUGAACAAAGUGACCACAUAGAAUAAUACUGUGGAUCUGGUAAUGUUUAUUUUUUUUAAAUGGAUCAGUUCAUCUUAGGAAAGCAGAGUCAUGAAGGUAUUUAUUGAAUAUAUCCAAGUUGGACUAUUAAAUGAGAUAAAUUAUUUCAAAGUCAUAUUCUGUCCCAGGGGUGUAAAAUGCUACUUUGAAAGCUCUCGCUGUGUUAUUGACAAUUAAAAGAAUUCCCUUAAUACUAAGAUGAAAUGUUCCCAUUUUCAUUAUGAUUUUGGCUGCACUGUUUAGUAGUAGUAUCACGGGGUUAUUCACUAUAGUGAGUAUUAUUGGGAACUCCAAAGGAACUCAAAGUGAAUUUCAAAUUUAAAAGGAUAGCACCAAAACAACUUUAACUUAGUAAAGCAGUGUUGGUGUAUAGAUCAUGCCCCUGCACCGUCAUUGCUCAAUUAUCUGGCAUUUAGGAGGAUAUAGGUCAACUGCUGAUAACUAUGUAUAUAUAUAUAUAUAUAUAUAUAUAUAUAUAUAUAUAUAUAUACAUUUUUUUUAAAUUUAUUUAUUAUUUUUUAUUUGUUUUAUUCUAUCUUUCUUAGUUAACAGCAGUGUUAUGCAAUAGCCAGUUAAAGGGUGAGUUAAUGUGGAUUCUUUUGACAUUUCACAAGGCAUUUUUUACAAUGUGAAGAUUCACAGGAAUUAGUUCAAGGUAUCUGCAGUGAUUGUCUGCUUCCAACAGACUUCUUUUUCAUUGCACAUGUUCAGAGUAACUGUGAUCACAAAUAUAUAUCGCUACGGCAUGUACUCUGGCAGAAUCCAUAUUUACGUCAUUUCACAAAGCUACACAGUUGGGAAUGACAGAACACCUUUUAAGUUUCUUUCUAUAUAAAGGUGAAGGAGCCAUACAGAAGGUAAGUGCAGGGCAAACAUCCUGUCAUGUUAGACAAUGUUGAAUAGGUAUCUAUUUCUAAGAAUUAAAGAACCACAAUUCAAAGAAGUGAAAAAUAAUGAUUUCCACCUACUGUGAUACCUGAUAUUAUGUAACAACGAGAACUUUCAGAAUGACUGAAGGAAAACUAAAGAUCACAUUCUGAAGGACAUCUGUACUCAGCAGGAAAAUAAUGUUUUUUUCUUUUGUAUUUUAUUGAAUUUUAAUAGGAGUGGGAGGGAGGGUUAUUUAAAGUUAGAGAGUUAUUAUAUUACAUAUAUCAGGAUUCUUAACCCAUGGCAUCGGUGCCAUCUUGCAGGGUGUUUCUUCAUGUCUAUUUAAUUUGAUUUACUAAACUGGAAACUGUUGGAAACUGACAGGGUGAUGGCAACGUUUAGACCAAAAUGACAGAAAUGGUCAUAUUCAACAACCUAGCUGUCUCUCCUGAUUGGCUGUUAUGGUUAAAAAUGUGCAACUUUCUUUUUGAUUUUUCACAUUUAUAACUGGGUAAUAAACUCUCAUUAUGUAAAUUUAAUAGAGAACAGCAGUUACUCAAACAUCUAUUUAAAAAAUGUUUGAGAACGUCCAUGUGUAACUAAUGUUCUUUUUGGUCUUGCUUGGACAUUUUAUUGAUGAUCACCUGACCGUACAAACCCUGACUACAUACAUACAUGCACAAAUACAUUGCUAAUUUGCCAUGGUUAAGUAAAGUUAUGUAUAGUAAACUGAAAAAAAAAAUGCACACCUGACUGUCAGACAACACUAAUGUUUUCUAGAGACCACAGAAGAGCCCCUAUUGGCUAUUGCUAGCACACUUAUUUCAUUAAUGGAUAAAACAAUUAAUGAAAUAAGUGUGCUAACAAUAGCCAAUAGGGGCUCUUCUGUGGUCUCUAGAAAACAUUAGUGUUGUCUGACAGUAAGAAUUUGGUUAUUCAAUAUAGUGAGCCAAAAUAAUGGAAAUUCUAUUUAUUUUAUUCCACAACUUUAUGUAAAUCUCACUAGGUGUCGUUUUAAACUAUAGUGUACCAAACUAAAGAUUCAAUAUUUUCCAAAACUUGUAAUUUGUGUUCUUUAAUGGGUUGCAUAGGUCCACCUUACAUUUCUCUACCUGUCCUAUAACUUUAGGAAGUACCAACAAACUUUUACUUUUCUUCUGUUCUUCUUAAAUUUGCUCUGGAAAACAGAACCUUUUAUAGAAUCUCAAGAUCUUACAUUGAUCUAUAAUUAGACAAAACACUAUGAUUUACUUAUUAGUAAAUACUGUAGGCAUUGCCUUGGCAGCACACCAAAGAACUGUGACAGUAACAUAAAGAAAAAUUGGGAUUAGCUUCCAAUGCACUACUAAUUAUAGGAGUUGUCAACUCUUAUGGAAGAAUCCUAGGACUAUAUAAUUAGUCUCUCCUUUUUAAUGUUUUAAUUGUUUUAAAUUCCCGCCUCCUGAAAUUAAUUUAAUGUUAAAUGAGCAGGUCUGUUUAGCAGGAGCGUAUCAUUAUAUUAGAUUUAUUUGGCUAAAGUUGACUUUACCGGGGCCUUGCGGAACUCUAACCUAGCUCUGUUGGUAAAAAGCAAUCAAUAUAUGUUGGACUAUGUAUACAUUUAAAAAUAAUAGUAUGUUUAUUUCACUCUCAACAUUUCAAAAGGCACAUAUAGAGACCUUGUUUUAGGGGGAUUUUCGGGAAAUGUGGUUAGGGGGUGGGGAACUACUGUAUUGUAAAUCAAUUAAAAACUGACUAGUUGGAGAGAAUUUAGAGAUGUACCAAGAGACCAAAAAGAACACUUGUUUGAAAUGAAUUGCUAAAUGUGUGGUUCCGAUGUUUUCCUUUUUGGGAACCAAGACUAUUUAUUUUAUUGGGUAAGUCAUUUGGUAUAUUAAUAAACAUUUUAUUUACACAAGUUAAUUUAUAUAUAUUAUAAAAACCAAACAAAUAAAGUUACUUGUGCACUAUUAUAAAUCUCUGUGCAUAAUAAAUGGAUGUUGUUUUGGCCAUUAGAUGUAAGCCCACCUGCCACAUCAAGGCAAAACUCUUGAUGCCAUGUUACAGUGCUUCCACCCAUCCCAUGUGUUCCCUAUUAAAGGACCACUCUAGGCACCCAGACCACUUCAGCUUAAUAAAGUGGUCUGGGUGCCAGGUCCAGCUAGGGUUAACCCAUUUUUUCAUAAACAUAGCAGUUUCAGAGAAACUGCUAUGUUUAUGAAUGGGUUAAGCCUUCCCCCUAAUCCUCUAGUGGCUGUCUCAUUGACAGCUACUAGAGGCGCUUGCGUGCUUCUCACUGUGAUUUUCACAGUGAGAGCACGCCAGCGUCCAUAGGAAAGCAUUAUGAAUGCUUUCCUAUGUGACCGGCUGAAUGCGCGCGCAGCUCUUGCCGCGCGUGCGCAUUCAGCCGACGGGAAGGAGAAGAGGAGGAUCGGAGGAGGAGAGCUCUCCGCCCAGCGCUGGAAAAAGGUAAGUUUUAACCCCUUUCCCCUUUCCAGAGCCGGGCAGGAGGGGGACCCCAAGGGUGGGGGCACCCUCAGGGCACUAUAGUGCCAGGAAAGCGAGUAUGUUUUCCUGGCACUAUAGUGGUCCUUUAAGGGUUAAUAACUAUCUACUGGUUUAAUUAUUUUUUCUUUGUCUGAAGCUGCAGCAAGCAUGAUGAAUUAAUAGUGUAGGACUCACAUAAGUGGUUUGCCUUGACGUGGCAGGCGGGCUUACAUCUAAUGGCCAUUGGAGUGACUAAAUAACCUCCAUUUAUUUAAAUAUGCACAGGGAUUUGGAAAAGUGCACAAGCAACUUUUUACUUUUUUCUUUGGUUUUUAUUGUAUGUAUUGUGGUGGGAGUCUGAGCGCAGGACUUAUUUUUGUGUAUUUGUUUUAUAUAUAUAUAUAUAUAUAUAUAUAUAUAUGUGCAUAUGUGUCAACUGGAAGACCGAUUGACAGAUUAGGUAUUUAUAUUGAUGAGGAGCUUUGUGGUGCUCUCAUAUAAACCAGUUCUUUAUAACCUUCUAGAAAAUGAGGGUAAAAAAAGUAGGAGUUUAUUGAUUUGUGACUGAUAGCCGUAGGUGAGACAGCUACAUUUUAAAAAUUAAUUCUAUAAUUAAAGCACUGGUAUAGCCCUUGGCCUGUGGGAAUGCAUGCCCUUAUUACAAAAGACAGUAAGACUUAAAGGGUCAUGGGUUCUGACAGAAGCCUGGAAGUUCUGAAAAUUGAGGUAAGUGCAUAUGUGUAACCUAGGAUAUGAUGCAGGGCCAGACUGGCGCAUGGGCUGCACUCAGUGGUGUAUCCUGGUUUUGUGCUGCCCUAGGCAGGACAAAACUCAGACGCCCCCUCCCCCCGUGCCACCCCCACCUAACCCUUCCCCCCCGCCCCACCUUCUAAAUACACACACACACAGUCAGACACAAACAAACACACACACAGUCAGACACACACACACACAGUCAGACACACACACACACACACACAGUCAGACACAAACACACACACACAGUCAGACACAAACACACAGUCAGACACAAACACAUAGUCAGACACACACACAGUCAGACACAAACACACACACACACACACAGUCAGACACAAACACACACACACAAUCACUCACAUUAACACUUUUUUUUUAAUUUAACCCUCCCCCAGCCUCCUUACCUUUGGGAAUGCUUGGGGGGGGGAGUUCUCUCUCUCCCUGGGGGUCCAGUGGCUGCCGGUCGGGCUGCUGGGUGUGCGGGCUGCUGGCGAGGGAGCACUUCCUCUGAGCACUCUGCUCAGCUCCUUCACGCACUGCAGAGUGAGGCUGGGAGCCGGAAGAUGAAGUCAUAUUCCGGCUCCCAGCCUCACUCUGCGGCGCGCGAGGGAGCUGAGCAGACCGCCCAGCAUGUCAGUUAGCCGCAAGGCUAACUAGGCAUUUGCCCUGGGAAUUUAGGGGGCGGCGUUUUUUGCCGCCCCCUGAAAAAUGCUGCCCAAGGCAAAUGCCUUGUUUGCCUCACGGCUAAUACGCCCCUGACUGCACUGGAAGUGCAUUAAACUAACAUCAUUGUCAUUGUUUCACCCCCUAGCAGUUGCACUCUCUGUGUAGAAAUUGCCUGGGCUGAAUUUUUUUUUCUGUCUGGUCCUGAUAUGAUGUGUAAAAAAUAGACCCACUAAACUAAAAUAAACAAAAAUGUUUUUAAUAGCACUCUCUGCCCUGUGACAUGGAGAGUUUUAAUAGGGAAUACAGAUGUAUAGUUUGUGCAAUAAACACAUGCAUAUACUGUUACUAUAGAGGUAUUAUAUACAAGCAUGCUAGGUCUAGAUGCACCCAUGUGCUCCAAUAAGUGAGGCAUCUCCCAAGGUCAUGGGUGGCAUAUGUAUGAAUCUGAACCCUUUAACGGAGACCAGAUCCACGUAUCAUAAUAUGUAAUGUGGAUCUAUCUGUAUUUCACCACUGCCAUGUGUGGACUGGAUUUAAAUUUGCUCAAUCAAGUGGAUCUUUUUCUCCAUUCAUUGGUGGGUGACAAGCCCACUUUAAAGAAAAUAAUGUUGGAGCGUUGUCAUUGUAACCUGUGCCAAUGCUCCAAAAAGCCAGGGCUUGCAAGAGAGAGUUAGGAACCUGCAGAGGAGUAGACAGACAGUCUUGCGAGCUCUCUCUUCAGCAGAGAGAGACUGCAAACGGUGUGAGGAGGGAGAUCUUCCUCCCUGUGAUAGUAUAGAUAGAUAUAUUGCAAAAUCUGCCCGAAGGGCAGCCCUGGAUGUAAAUAUGACCCUGCUUAAAUUUUAUGUACUAAUAAAGAAUCUCUCGUUAUUAUUUUAUAUGUAUGUAUGUAUAUCUAACUAAUUGUAAAUUAUACGAAGCCCACUUUCUUAAAAAAUGUUCUUGCUUUUUACAAUAUGGAGACACGUAUGAACUGGAUAGGGCUCACCAUAAAUACAAAACACAUAAUAAAAGUUAAAAGAUUGUGUUUAAUGUAGCAAAGCAGUGAAGCAUUGUAUGCUCACCCUCACUUCACUUAAUAUUUCUCAAUGAUUUAUAUAUUGGCAAAAUCAUCUAAAUGAUCAGGCUUUAGUAUGAGCACCUUGAGAAUAUAGUACAUGCCGGUAUUUUGUAGGGUUGGUGUUGGGAAGAAGGGACUAUGAUAAUGAAGGUUGUGCAUUGAACCAUGGAAGCAGUAAAACUAAAUUAAUGAUUUCCUGCAUUAGCUAGCAACAUAAAUGCUGCCUAUAAAUCUGAUGUAAAAAAGAUUAGAAAAUUGUUCCUUACGGAAUUCCACAUACAAAAAUAUACUACUGCUUAAGGUGGAAUAAAUCUACUCUUUUUUAAGCUAAUGUUCCAUUAAGGCUUUUUUUGGAAGGUUAGUAGUUACAGUUGGUUAAAACAAAGUGUAAUACCCUGUUUGGCAUUAUAACAUCAAGAGAAUAUCAAACUUUACUGAAUAUGUUGUGUCUUGGUAAUUUAAACUGGUAAACCAAAUAUGACAUGUACAAGGUAUUUUUUAAAAAGACUGCUGUCUUUAAAAUCUUUUAAAAGAGUGAAUGAUUGCUCAGGCAUAGGAGGGGGAUCCAUAACCACUAAACCCAAUGCUAAAUGAAAUAAGUGUGCUUUAAAAGCAGCUCCAAGUGCACACUCUACUAAGACCAUAAAUUAUGUUGCAUAUCAGGAGUCUAAAAAUGUAUUGUGCCAAAUGGUGCAUGUGUCAGCCAUUUUACAUAUAGAUCUGUACUGCAUAUAUAUUUAUACCUCAGUCAGUCAGUAGGUAUAUUUAGAGAUAUAAAUAUGGAGCGGAAGGUAUUAAUAAACUAGGUGACCACUUAAAAAAAUUAUAAUACCAGUAUAUAAUGACUAUUAGAUUCAGCACUAGAACUGCUUUUUAAAUAAACACAAUUGAUAAAGGGAAUUGUGUCUAUCAAGAUCAGCCUUUCUCAUGUUAGUUACUGCUGUUGAUGCAAAAGAGGACAUUUUUUGAAGCACAAUCCAUAUUUGUAACAUACUAGGAAAUUAUCCUGUCAGAUCUUUCCUUUGAUGAAGAAACUGUUACCCCACCUAUUAAAAUGAUAUCCCUGAAUAUUCUGUUUUUGCAAGUAUUCAUCUAGUUGCUGUUUAAACAUCUGUACAGACUCUGAUGAAACCACCUCUUGAGGCAGAGACUUCCAUAUCAUUAUUGUUUGUAUUGUAAAUAACAAUUUCCUUUGCCUUUAGACUAAAUGGCCUUUCUUCUCUUCCCAAAUGCGUGAUCUUGUAUCCUAUCCUUAGUCCUGUUUAUGAAUACAUUUCCAGACAAUGAUAUACACAUAUACACAUAAUGCUAUAUGAGGCGCUGUUUUUCUAAACUAAACAGAUUAAAAAUUGUUAACCUUCCAUUUAUUUUAUUAAUUGUUGUAGCCCACUCUGCACUUUUUCUAGUGUCAUAAUAUUUUCCUUUACAGCAAGUGCCCAAAAUUCAAAGUGUGGUGUUACAAUUGAGUUAUAAAGAGAAAAACAAUGUUUUGCCUCUUUUUGUACAUGACAAUACCUUACCGCCCUUAGCAACUCCUGAUUUAUUGCACUUUGUUCCCUAGUUUGUUGUAUAUAACAAUUCUCAAAACUUUCUUGUGUGGUGUUAUCCCUAUUUCACUAUAAUUUAUGGUAUAAGUUGUUUGUGUAUUAUUUUCCCCAAAGUGCAUAACUUUACAUUUAUCUACAUUAACUAUAUCUUCCAUUUGAGUUUCGAGUCCUACAAUCUAUCUAAAUCUCUCUGCAGCAAAGUAAUAUCUUGCUUACUUUGUAUUACUUUAGAGUUUUGUGUUAUCUGUAAACACUGAAACAUGACUUUUAAUGUCUAUUUCAAGGUCAUUUAUAACUAUGUUAAAUAGAAGUGGUCCCGGAACAGAACCCAGAGAGACCCCACUUGCCACUUUUGUCCAGCUUGAAAAUGUAUCUUUAAGGGCAACUCUCCUUACUCUAUCUUUAAGCCAAUGCUCUACCCAAGAACAAAUUUUUUAAUCUAUGAAUUUCUAAGAAUUGUCAUCUGUUAUUAUACCUUGUGUGUUUUAUGUGCAGCUCUUAAAGUUAAUAUUUGGUGACUUAGCCAAGUAUUAUGUGACAUUAAUUAUGAUUUUUCUCUACACAUGCAAACAGAAUCCCACUCAACCUAACAGGACUCAAAUUGUCAAUGUUCACCAAUGUUAUUUGUAAUAUUUUCCAGUGCUGGACCUGUAGAUAAAACCACACUGUACCUUAAUAAUUUAUGUCAGUACGUCUUAGCAUUAAUCUAUAUUGAUCCAAUCUCCUUUUCAUUUGUUUGUGCUCUGCACUGAUGGAUACAUUAAUUUUUUAGAUUACAGGAAGUUUACGUCUUCUUUUUCCUUUAGAGAUUUAUGUAUUUGCUUUUAGUAUAUGGAAGAUGCACAUCAGGCUAGUGAUUAAGAGGCUUGUGUUUAAUAAAAUAAGCCUAAUGUAGAUCAAAGUAUUUAAUAAGAUGAUAAUUGUCUGUUAUUUAUGUUGUGAUUACCAGAACCCUUCAAAUUACCUUUGUUUAAUAUGAUUGGGAACUCGCUGGAAUGGAUUUAAAUAUAGUUUCUAUUACCGUCCUCAGCAUGUAUUCCUAGAUUGUGUUUUUUAAACACAAAACAAUGACUCACUAGUGAGGAAGUUUACUUUUCACUUCUGAGUUAUUGUUGUUUAAUAAAAAACGUUAUUUUUUAAUAGCACAUUUAUUUGAGAAUUGGUGUGGGGACCAGUAGGGACAUAUUACUGAAUGAUGUGAUGAAGGAUGAGCUAAAAUAAUGUCAUAUGGGCAAACAUGAUUUUAUUUUAUAUAGCACUGCAUGUUUAAUGAGGCGCUAAUGCUGUGGUUACUGGAGACUAAACCAAUAUUGAAGAUCAAGGAACAUAAAUUGGGACUGUCCCAUUGUAUCUGGGACAGCUGGAUGGUAUGUUCCACUUAACGAGGAUGAUCUGGAGAAACCUAGAGCAGUUAUCAGGGCAAUAAAAAUGAUUGUUGUGGCAAUUGCUUAGGUUGUAACACUUUGCUCCACACUUGCUGAAUUUAUACAUUUGCAAAGGUGUAAAUAAGUACAAUUUAAGGGGGUUAUUUAAAAAAAAAAAAACAACUCUGUCACUUAUGAGCUUUUUAUAAAAUAUACAGUGUUUAUAAAAGAAAAUAUGUUUUGACUGUUUUUACAGAAGUUCCAGUGCAAUUAAACAAAUAAAAAUAAGAAAAUGUAUAUGUAGGUAUAUACAUAUAAUAACCCAGGUACUCAAAAGUAAAUCAACUUAUUUGUCUUAGGAGAAUACUUCAUGUCAUUAUUUUAAGUAGUUAUAGGUCAUAUAUUACAUGAACAGUCUUUGUUUUUUUUGUUUUUUGUAUUUUACAAUUUUCUAUCUGUCUGUCGUCUGUCUGUCUGUGUCUCUCUCUCUGUCUGUCUGUCUAUGUACAAAGAAGGUGAGUACAGACCUAGUUGAAAAAAGUAUACAGCUGUGCAUUUAUUAGUACAUCACUGCACAAAGUUGCAUACAAGUUAAAACUGAUGUUUCUUCUUGGACUUUUAUCAAGAAAAUCUUGGGCAAACAUUUAUAAUGCCUAAAGAGGCACCUGAAUAUCAGAAAGAGGGAAAUCUGAAAAACGAGAGUGAAACAUAUAACAGUGAAUAUAACCAAGAUUGGGGAGAUCUGUUGCUAAAAUACCACAACCAGUUUACCAAGAAAGAAAGGUGCAAAGUAAAGACAAGUAAAUAUGCAAAUGUUAUACAAAGUAACAGUGCAUAACAAUGUGGUAGCAGGGAUAGUGCACCCGUGAGAAAUGUGUCAAACACAGAGAGGAGAGAAAUAAGUGGCAAGACAUACAUAUAUGUACAAAGAUAUAAAUAACUGCAGAGGCAAACAAUCAGCGCAAAGGCAUAACAUAUAGGUAAAAAUAGUAUGGAGGAUACAGCUGUGGAUCUACAAAAAAAACCCUCAAUAAUAGUAUAAUACUGUAUGUACAUAAAAAAAGUGCGCAUAAUAGGUAUAACUCACAUAGCAUGUAUUUUGUCAUUGUAAACCAUAACAUACUACAGACUUCAAGUCCAUAAGAGUAUACAAAUAUUCCACAAAUUGGAAUAUUUGUACUUAACCUACACAUUGUCUAUCGUGAUUCCAAGAAUCAAUUGAUAAGAUUGUGCUCGUUGAGAUCAGUCAGGGCAACACUGUCCAAUGGUACGUAGCAUAUGCCAAGAAUAAUAACAUACUAAAGGUAAUAACAAAUUACGGGACAAUCAUAGUACUUAAACUAUACAAUUGAUAAGAUUGUGCUCAUUGAGAUCCCUCAGGGCAACAUUGUUCAAUGUAAAAAUCUAAAAGCACUCAUGUUAAAGUAGUUCAUUACAUCGAUCUACACUUCUUGGGGAUUCUGCAAUGUGGUCAUUUUCUGUAAAUAGAAGAUAUAAUAGAUGGUGUACAGCUUCUAGAAAACAUCAUGCCACCAGUUUAUUGGAAUGUCCAUUCCUGCAUGCAGUUUGAAUUGAUGACAGGUGGCCCUUUGUUCUUUCUGGGUUUUCUCACAUAAGAGAGACCAGUAGGACAUUAAAAUGUAUAUAUGACAAAAGAGAUGUUGCAUAGUCCUAUGUUUGAAUUUAAGUGUAGUUUCUAUCGCUUCAUUUUUUGCAGAAGCCCAACUCAUUGUUUUUUAACCGACCCAUUGCCUGGCUAAAAAUGCUGACUAGAAAACACAAUUGUUGUCCACAGUAAAUUUGGUAUCUAAUAUAUAUUUUUUGAUAUACUUAUUAUCACAACAUAUAGCUGCUUGGUAAACAAGAGAUAACACGACAAAUCAUCUGGUCCAACUGUAGUCUCCAUAACAUCCACCCACGUGAGACUCCAUAUCCCAAAUUAAUAUUUGUUAAUGCAGUAAAGAGGUGAUAACCACCAGUUGCUUCAAGACAUAAUAUGCCCCAAAAUCAACAAAGGAAGCCAGGUUAAGAGCAUCCCUUCAUUUGAAAAUUCCAUGAAGUUGUCAUGAUACCUGUUGUAUCCGCUUUAGAGGAGGUUGGGCAUCUGGACGCUUAUUCCCAGGAAGGGACACGUGCACCCAUCUCCUUCAGCCGGCCGCGAUAGCCCCGCCCCAUUUUAUGAAGCGGCGCAACUUUGCCGACGUCAAUGACGUCAGGGCCCCCCGAAAAGUUUGAAUCAGAACGUUUUGGGGGCGUGGACAUCAUUUAAAGAGCCAAGGUAUAAAAGGUACUCACUUACAGUGAGUCAUUGCCCUGUCGUGGUUCCAGCUUGUCUGUUCCCUCAGUGCUAUUUCUGUUGUUGACUUUUGGUUCUUGACUUGGCUUUGUAUCUUGACUUUGCUACUUUCUCCUACCCUUGUACUCGGCUUGGCUUUCGCUUACCUGUCUUCUCGUUCCCUCGACCUCGGCUUGUUCCUGACCAUUCUUUGUCCAGGUGACGUUAGUCUGGCCACUCUAAGGUCCAGUAUACUCCUUUCUAGUUAUUAGUACUCUGCGUGUUGGAUCCCUGUCUCGAUCCUGACAGAAGUGUGAUAAGUAAGUCUGGGAAUGAUUUAGGCCACAAGGAGUGUAACUGAGUAACUAAAAGAAAAUCUAAGCUGACCAAAGAAAACUAAGGCAUCUUAAGAAUGCAUUGAAUACUUACAUACAUGAGAACAGUUCACCUCCACUCAGGGGAUAAAUUCAGAAUUUGAGGAAAUUAUUUUGGUGUAGAGUCUGGUAUUGUCAAAGAAACGCCCUGGAACUAUUACAGACAUAGAACCAUGUAUGUGGCCGGUCAGAACUAACAUGGUGGCCUUUCCCCUACACUGCAUGGAUCUGAGCCAGAGGCGUAACUAGAAACCACGGGGCCCCGGUGGGAAAAUUGCCCUGGGGCCCCCCAUACAUCUACCUUGUACCCCACACAUCCCUGCCCCCCGCACACAAGCAGACAAACAGAUACACAUGCAGACACAUACAUACAGACACAUACACACAGAGACCCAUACAUACAGACACAUGUAGAGCCCCACACACAUAUACUCAUAUACACACACUCAGACAUAGAUGCAUUGUAACGGAUCACCUGGCACCCCGACUGGGUACCUCCGUUGAAGGAGGCUCCUAGCACUUCCUGAGAUCUCCAAGCACUCCAGCUGACGCCAUAACCACCGUAGACUCCUUCAGAGAGCAAGACAGGAACAAGCUCUUACAAGAGCUUAGUAGUGAUUAAGCAAGGGAGUAUGACUAGCAUAGCAAUCCCUUGUAGCAGAUUCCCCCAAUAAGAGAUGGCACUCCAAAUUGAGGGUGAAGUAGAACUGACAGAGCUGUGGGUUUAUUGUUCUUAUAUAUACAUUCUUACACAUUAGUACCACCCACAGGGUUUUGUAAAACAACCAAUAAACACAUACAAUACACUCAGACACUCCCACACAAAAUCCUCCCCUCUGCCUGUGAUACAAUUACCUUACAUAAUGGGUUAAUAUAAUUAUCACAGGUAGGAAAAUACACAGUUUUACACAAUUUUCAUAACUUUAAAAGUAUGCAUCAUAUUCACAUAAAAUUUUCAGAAUCAGCAUACUCCAAAUACCAACAUACGUCAAAAUCAUACAAAUUGGUCCAGUGGGUCAAAGUUAGAUCGACGUCCUUUGUGACCAAAUGAAGCAUGGCUUUUCUGCCCAAAACCAGUUCCACAGAGUCUUCUAUCCUGGAGAUAAUUGGGAAGUAAUCCAAUUAUCUACAAGGACAGAGGCAAAACUCCAUUAGCCACAUGGUAGCAAAAUACAAUAAAAUACAUAAAAAUAUAUACCCACAAAUCCAAAACCGGAGGCGGACCUAUCUCCUCAGCACUAAAGAGCUUCAUAUAUCUGAGUAGGUCCUAGCCUACAUCAAAGCUAUCAGAAGGAAUCUCAAGCCGGACGGACGGACCAACCAUCCAAGUACAUCCUAUAGUGGGGAUUAAACCACUAAGUGCCCUUUCUCCUAGAGCUGGUUCAAGCUCCAACUAAUGUGAGUGAAAUAUCUUUCUCUUGAUUUAUAUACCACAUAUGGACGUACAAUAUUUCACCAUUGGCAGCUUUUUCUUCUGUUUUUUAUCUCCACAUAUAUGGACUAUUUGCCAUACGGACGGUGCAAUACCUGAGGACUAUAACCUUACCACCAUAUAUAAGUGAGACUGUUUCAACUUACAAUUUUCAUAGUUGGAUGAACUCUGUCUAUUUUAUAACUUGAUUUUACUUAUUAUUACUUGCUGAUUUUAUUUUUAUUUAUUGUCUAGUCCUAAGCGCAGCCCUUAACCCCCUUUUGUAUUUUCCUGUUUCUCAAAGGGUUUCUUGAGGGAUUCCCUUUCUAGGGUUGCUGCUCUUUUAGUUAGCGCAGACUGUUCCCCCCUUUUUUUCACAUAAAAAUAUAUAACUGUGCAGCUAUUGCAUAAAACAGGUACAUUCACAUACACAUCCCCAGAUAGCUUAGAUCUGAGCGCACAUUAUUGCUGAAUGGCGCUCAGAUCACAUACAUACAGUUCAAUUGCCAUGGAGCCAAAGUCUUUCACAUAGUCUUUCGUUAUACGAAUGGGCUCCAUGGCAUAGCUAUCUGGGGUAUCUCUGUUCAAAUAGGGCAAGUACCGAAUGACCAGGCUUUCGUGUCUUUGCAGGGAAAAAUCAAGCGUUUCAACAUGGGGCCAAAGUCACAGGGCAGGAGGCUGGCUAUCAGUCUUCUCCAAUGCCAAGUGGCGAGGCUGGUUCCGCCACACGCAUACACUCACAGACACACACACUCAGACACACGUACACUUACAGACACACACACACACUCACAGACACACACAUACACUUACAGACACAUACACACAUUCAGACACACAUUCACUUACAGACACACACACUCAGACACAUACAAUCACAGACAAACACACAUACACUUACAGACACAUACACAUUCAGACACACACACAUACACUUACAGAUACAUACACAUUCAGACACACACAUACACUUACAUACACACAUACACAUUCAGACACACACAAACAUACAUUCAGACAGACACACACACACUCACUGACACACACAUACACUUACAGACACAUACAUUCAGACACACAUUUCACUUACAGACACACAGACUCAGACACAUACAAUCACAGACAAACAAACACACACACACUCAGACACACAUACACUUACAGACACAUACACAUUCAGACACACACAUACACUUACAGAUACAUACACAUUCAGACACACACAUACACUUAUACACACAUACUCACUGACACACACAUGCACUUAGACACACACACUCACUGACACACACAUACACUUACAGACACACACACUCAGACACACAUUCACUUACAGACACACACACAUACACUCAGACACACACAAUCACAGACAAACACAUACACAGACACUCAGACACACAUACACUUACAGACACAUACACAUUCAGACACACAAAUACACAUACACAUUCAGACACACACAUACACUUACAGACACACACAUACACAUUCAGACACACAUACACACAUACACUUACAUACACACACAAAUUAUUAAUAUUAAAUGUCCACCCAGCCUCCCUACCUGGAGAGCUGGCAUGGAUCUGUCCCUGGGGUCCAGGGCUUCAGUGCGGCGGACGGCAGAGUUCCUGUCAGACGUGGUGAGGGAGCUGUGUUCUCUCUGCUUUGCUCCCUCGUGGGCUGUCUACUGAUGCCGGGAGCCGGAAUAUGAAAUCAUAUUCCAGCUCCCAGCAUUAGCAAACGGCAAGCGAGGGAGCAGAGCAGAGACCACACAGCUCCCUUGCCGCGCCUGACAGGAACUCUGCCACCCACCAGGGGGGUCCAUUAGGUGGCCAGCAGGUCACCUCUUGGGCCCCCCUAUGACAGGGGGAACAUGGAGGGGGCGCCACUGAUCUGAGCGCUAUUUGGAGAACUAGGGCACUCAGAUCAGGGCUAUUUGGGGAUCUAUUAUUUGUGUUGUUAUUGUAUGUGUUUAUGAUGUUUUGUGGUAUUUUUAAGUUUUUGUGUUUUCCUCUCUGUUCCUGGGCGAUAAUUAGCUUAAUGGUUUUUAACACAAUUGUCUCCCAGGCCAGAGAUUCCUGGCAGGGGCUUGUGUUGAAUACAAUGGAGAACCCCUGCUGGGGUCUGUACAAAACAUUUGGUUCGGCAAUUCGGGUAAAUAAAAUAAAUUUGACUGCUUCGGCAAUUCGGACCACUGGCGUUCGGUUUGGUGCGGCACUUCACAACUUCGGCACUUCGGACAUUAGAAUGUCCGAAUGGAAUGAAAUUCGCAUGAAUGUACAUUCAGAAUGAAACAAAUCGCACAUGUCUAAUCGCUUCCUCUUCUCUCCCUUUCUCAGGAUCUGUUCUUCAUUUUUUCCUAACUGCUCUAGUUUUCUUUAAAACAUAAGACAAAGUAGGGACUAUUUUGUCUUGCGUAUUUUUACUACGCUUGACCCGCUUUGACCCAGGGGAGGAGCAAAGUCCAUUUCCUGUGGUCAAAGCAAUGUUCCUACAAUUCUCACCUUCCUCCUGUCGCUUCAUUCAGCAUUUGAACGCCGGCAAAACUACCAAAUUUCAUCCUUAAUAAUGAGAACAUUUUGUCCAUUCGUGUUAGGACGCAAUUCUAGAGUUUUGUUCGUAACAAUAUUUCGUUUGAAUGAAUUAAACUCCGAUCCUAUUCCUACCAUGAGUAGAUAGCUCCCUAAUUCCCACGGUACACAAUAAUAUUACUUAGUAUUAGUAAUAAAUCUGCCCUUACUUACUAUACUGUGAGUAGGGGCAUGUCUACUAAAUGGUCAGCAACCAGUGGCUGCUCAGUGUUGUAAAAAACAUGUUUCACUACUUUAAUAAAGUGCCCCUUAGUAACUAAAAUAACUAACAGGAGGGGACAAAGUGUCCCUCCCAAGCCCCCACUAAUGCACCAAGAGUGGGGGCCACUAAACUAAACGGGAAACCUAGUGUCCUCCCUCGGCCCCCACCCACGGCUCAUGGCCCCAAAAUACAAUAGGGGGAAGGACCUACUGUCCCAUCCCGCCCAGCCCUCACCCAUGAGCAGUGGGUGGGGACCUUAAAAUACAUUAGGGGGGCCACCUAUUAUCCACCCCCCGGCCUCCACCCAUGUCCAGUUCCUUCUCAAGUGUAGGAACUGCCUCUUAUGAGAACUUUCCAACCAGGUUCCAUAAUGAUAGCUAGACUAGUCUACAUGAGUGUAGAUUUUACUAUAUUUAGGGAGGCAAGGGUGGGCCAGGGGGCCUAGAUGGUGGUUUUAACACUACAGGGUCAGGAAUGUUUGUGUUCCUGACCCUAUAGUGUUCCUUUAAGGGACAGGAAUAAAAUUGAUUCUUACAGAAUCACAAAACUUUAUUUUGUAAAAAAAAAAUGCUUCUUUAAUACAGUAAAGGGAGAAAAUACAGUAAUAAUUGAAAUAAAAUUAUAUGCACAUCUAAUGAUACAUCCAGAGAUCCUAUUUUAUCUCCAGCAUAUGGGUCACUUUGCUUCUUAAUGAUGCAUGCAGGAUGCUUGGGUCACCAAGGGACACUCACUAUAGCUCACAGUGACUUUUUUUUUUCUCAAUAAAAGGUACACUAACUAGGUUUCCUGUACUGAUUUGCACUCUAUAAAAGCUAAUAGUGAUCAGCUGGAGCUAAUUCUAUGUGUGAGUACCUGCAGCCUGACCCUGAUCUCUCUAACAGCUGUCAGUAUAAAAGAGUCUAUAUCAGCAAAAAUAUUUGCAGCUUUAAUACUGGUCAGGAUUUUGUAUCUUUUUAGCGUCCGUCUGUGUCAUAGAAGCAAAUAAUUUUUAUUUUCUUUAAAUAUCAAUUUAAUUAGAUGGCGCUGGCAAAAAUAGCUGUGAGCAAAUCUGUGUGGCAAUAUCUCCCUCUGGGACAGUGAUGUUGGUUUUCUUUAAAAAAGUAACUGAACACAAUAAUCCCCACAGAAUCGUGCUGAAAUCCCGUCUAAAAAUGUUUAAAUUGGCACAAGGGAAUUCUCCAAAUCCUUUAAGCAGUGCUAGCUGAAAUGUAUAUGUAUUACCAUUUUACCAUGAAUACACUGAUGUUUUAUUAUAUGUGAAUGGAGAGGUGUAUUUAUAUAGACUGUGCCUGUGACAAUAAAGGAAUGUAUUUGUUUGGAGUGUAUGUGUGAAUUAAAGGGUGUGUUUUGUUAAACGUGUUUUGUUUGUGUGAAAGCAGGGUGUGAAAGUAGUACUAAUUCAUUGUCCCCUUGUGCUCCCAUUGGCCAGUAGUAAUUGGUCAAUUGUAUCCUCUUCCUCCCAUUGCCAAGAUUAGUGCAUUCUUCACUAUUUGUCUGUGGAAGCCCAUUGUCAGUAUAACCCUAUUCUUUCCCAUCUGUUUCUAAAAAAAAACCAGUAGUCCCCCCCCCAUUUACCAGUAGUAGUCCAUUCUUACCCUUCCUUCCCUGUUGCCAGUAGUAGCCUAUUCUCACCCUCCCCUAACCUCCAAGUUAUCAGUAAUAGCCCAUUCUCUCCUCUUCCCUAACCAUUGGCACGUCUACACCAUUCUCUCCAUGCCCUUUCCUAUUGCCCAUAUUAGUCCAUUCAAUAUGAUCAGCACAAACACAAAACUUUUUUUUUUUUGUUAAAUUUACUUUUUUCUCAUGCUGGAUUGUACUUUUCUUUUUUGUACAGGAGAUUACAUCAACAGUUCGAAAGCUACAAAGAGCAAAUUCGAAAAAUAGGGGAAGACACACGUCGGUACCCUGGAGAGCACAAGGAUGAUGCUCCAACGUGUGGGAUCUGCCAUAAAACAAAGUUUGCAGAUGGCUGUGGCCACAUAUGCUCUUACUGCCGAAGGAAGUUUUGUGCACGGUGUGGAGGUCGUGUUUCUUUGCGGUCAAACAAUGUAAGUGUUUUUAAGAUAUUUUACUAUGUUCUUAAGAUAUGUUAAAUGUUCUUUAGAUAUGUUAACUAUGUAACUAACUAUAUAACUAUGUACUGACCGUAUCAUUUAUCUGUAAUAAGGAUUCAGCCAAGCAGUAAAUGUGACAUCUUAUAGGACAAAAAUGUAGAGUCAAAAGUCUAGAUCCUAUGGAGUUCUGAAGCUUUGACCACCUUCUCUCUUCUUCCCUUUCUUUCUUUGCAAGGUUUAGUGCAUUCUGUGCAGUACCCUGUUUAACACUUCAGAGGCCAAGAUAGGCCUGGUGCAGAGAAGCUAUCACUGGGCUAGCUGUGUAACUCUAAAAAAGCUGAACGUCAAUAAACAUUCACAUUUUGUAAGUGGAGAAGCCACUGUUGUCUCAUUGAGUGCCGUGCGGGUGCUCUAUUUAUCCUGCUUUCAAGGUGGUACUGAGUUUAUAAAACAAUUAAACAAGAAUACUGUUGUGCAAUAGAACAAAGUAGAAAUUAUCUAUUAUGCACCAUCAGUUAAGAUUUCCAUCAAUAAUAUUUCUCAUAUUUCAUCACAUUUAUUAUAUUUAAUUAAACACACAUUUUAACCCCUGACUGUAUGUCUUGCAUUUUACAUAUGAUAAGUGUUAAUAAGGCAAUAGCUAAUUGUGAUGGACCACCUGGCACCCCUACUGGGUACCUCCGCCAAUCGAUGCUUCCUAGAUGACGCUGAGGACCAUAAUCCCCACAGCAGACACCAUAAGCACUGUAGAUCUUACGAACCACCGCAGCUUGGUUGUGGUCUCACCAUCCCUUCCCAACCUGUACCAGACUCCUGGAUCUUAUAAGAGCUAGUGGUAUAGCUGUAUAGCGGUUCCCUACAAUCACGAGAUGAGGCUACGUGCUGAGGGUUUAGCAGGAAUGGUUUAAUGGUUGCCACACUGGCCUUUUAUGACAGUCCCACAUGGAUCUUGUUGGGGACAAGGACACAAACUUACAAAGCAACAAUAACAGAGUCACAAUGCAUGUCACUCCCACAUACAAUACAAUACGCCUUCCUCUUAAAGUAUUUUAGCCAGGCAUUUUGCAGGGGCCAUAGUCACAGGGUAGGAAGCUGGCAAACAGGCUCAUCCAAAAGCCAGUGGAGAGUUCACUUUUGCCACAUAUCUCCCCCCCCCCAAGUGAAGACUAACCAGGUACCCAACCUGCUGCCGGUCGGCACCUGAGUUAGUCUGGCAGCCCACCCACAGCCAAGUACUUGACCUGCAGAUCUCUGGUGUCCAGCUUUGUCCUGUCUGCCCAUAGUGGUCAAGUGGUCAUCUGGUACUCCUGGAAUCUCGUUUGCUCUCCGACUUGUAG